AUGUGGCGGACUCUCCUUCGUUGUGGGUUUUCAAAGCAGAUGAUGAUGAUGAUGAUAAUUUAUUAUUUAUACCCCGCCCAUCUGGCUGGGUUUCCCCAGCCAUUCUGGGCGGCUUCCAACAAAACACUAGAAUACAAUAACCUAUUAAACAUUAAAAUCUUCCCUAAACAGGGCUGCCUUCAGAUGUCUUCUAAAAGUUUGGUAGUUAUUUUUCUCUUUGACAUCUGAUGGGAGGGUGUUCAACAGGGUGGGUGCCACUAUCGAGAAGGCCCUCUGCCUGGUUCCCUGUAAUUUGGCUUCUCACAGUGAGGGAACCGCCAGAAUGCCCUCGGUGCUGGACCUCAGUGUCCGGGUAGAACGAUGGGGGUGGAGACGCUCCUUCAGGUAUACUGGACUGAGGCUGUUUAGGGCUUUAAAGGUCAGCACCAAUACUUUGAAUUGUGCUCGGAAACGUACUGGGAGCCAAUGUAGGUCUUUCAGGACCCGUGUUAUGUGGUCUCGGUGGCCGCUCCCAGUCACCAGUCUAGCUGCCGCCUUCUGGAUUAAUUGCAGUUUCCUGCUCACCUUCAAAGGUAGCCCCACGUAGAGCGCAUUGCAGUAGUCCAAGCGAGAGAUAACUAGAGCAUGCACCACUCUGGAGAGAUAAGUCCUUGCUCGGGGAUUCUGGAGCUGCAACGCAGGGAGGGGUGGACUAGAAGACCCCUGGGGGUCCCUAACCAACGUGACGGUCCAUUUGGCUGCCCUGGCUUCUCUUGCUCCAAAGGGGGCAGCAGGUUUUUGGAGGUCCGAGGCUAGCAAAACCCUGCCAACCCUGGAGGGACCCCCAGAGGCCGGGACCCCUAGCACCCCUCCAGCCCAGCGAGGGGCGGGCAAGGCUCCGCUCGAUAGCAUUGUCUGGCCGGGUUCACCCCCCCAGCCCCCCAGCAGCGGGAGGAGCCUCCAAUGAGCCGGCGAUUGGCUGGGCUCCGGCGGGGAGGGGGCGCCCGAGAGAGAGGCCGGCGGGGGCGGGGACUCCUCCCCGGCAGCUGCGAGGAGGGGAUCCGGGCGGCGGCCGCCGUCGUCUGCUGCCUGCGAGGACGCCCAGCCGCGGGAUCGGGGCCCGGGGAGGGGCGCUCCCGGUAAGUUGCAGCCGGACCUCGCCUGGUGGAGGGAGGGGGCGCAACAAAGACGCACGCACAUUCCCCGCCCCCGGGGGCCGAAAGACUCUCCGCAUCUUCCGACGGCCGGACAGAACAGACCCACGAGGUGCCUGGGGGCGGGCGGGCGGGGGAUGCUGCCUGGGGAGAAUCGGCCGAAUUUGUAAGGAACCCCCACUCCGGAAGAAGCCCCUUUAGAUUCGUGGGCACCCAACUGGGCGAAGGCGGCUGCUCUCCCUGCGCCCUUCUUGGAGUUGGGCGGGACUGGCGGGGGGGUGUGUGGAUCCCCGCAGAACCCCCAGGAACCCCGCUCCCCACUGCUUAUCCCUGAUCUAUCCGCUCAUCCCCAACCGCCUUGCUUCCGAGUAAACCCGUCUGGGGUAGACGGAGAAGCGACCUAGAGAUCUGGAGCCCAUCCUUCCCGGAGCGGGGCGCGGAGAAGAGGAGGGUCUCCUGCGCAAGCAGCUGUUCAGAUGGAGGAAUGAAUGAAUGGGAAUUGAGGGGAGGAGCGGGCCCCUUUGUGGCUCCCAUUCAUUGCGCUGGGUGCUUAUGCAUUGCAGGCAGGAUCGGGCCCAGGACGACUUUCUGACACUCUCUGGGAGGAGAGUGUAGUUAGUGGUUAAGAGGAAACAGUUUGUGCUGCUGUUUCUGGCUAGGGGUGGGACAGGCCAGGACUCCUGGGUUCUCUCUUGAGUGGGGUGAAAGAAGAGGAUAUUAAUUAAUUAAGAAAGGCCACCCCAGGGACUGGGAAUUUGGGGAGGGGAUUCCCUUACUCUAAGUGGGUGACUCCUCCCUCCCUCCCCAUCGCUUUGUGUCUCUCUAUUCAUCCCUCCCCGUGAUGGACUGUCGCUGCCUUUGUGGCUGGCUGUACCAUCUCUGCCCGCCCCCCUCCCCGGGUAAUUUGUUAUCUGCCACUGGGACUCAGAUUCUCAGCUCCACAGAGGAUGAGGAAGUGGGUUGGGAGGGGGAGGGGCGGCUGAAAGAGGAAGAAAGUGGGGCUUGUGAGUUUUGCAAAGUGCUUCACUACGCAUAGGGGUGAGUCUGUCUAUUCCUGUUAACCAUUAGCUUUGGGGGGGGGUUGGACUUUAGCUGGGUGGAAAGAGAGCUUGCCUGUUACUCUUUUAGGUUGUACCCCAGACAUGCCUCCUAAAUGCACUGGAUUGUUAAUUUGGGUGUGUUCAGGCCCUCUCCCCCUGCACUUAAGUCCCAUUGCAUCUGAUGAGGUAGGCCCAGUCUCAAUAAACGUCUACCAGUUUUUUUGUUAGUGCCAAAAGAUUCUUCUCUUGCGAUGGACUUCAUUACCAUCUACAAACUUUUGCUUUGCUUCUCUUCUGCCUGCCUUUGAGAAUCUCUCAAAGUCUUUCUCCCAUUUUGUCCAGCUCUAGCUAAUAACCUCCAGUAUAACGUUUAAGGUUCAGCAAGAUCUCUUCUGGAGCACCACAUCUGCAUAUUCUUAAUCUGCUCUGUCCCUGAAGGGUAGUAUUCAAAAUAAUAAUAUCCAGCUCUGGAAUCUCUGGCUUCCAAGUGCAGAAGAAUCAGUUGCUGGCUGCCCCUUCUUCAUUUCUUCCUCCACCAAGACUGUGUGAAAGAGGGGUGGAGCACCACAUUCUUCCCUGAUAGUUCAUAUGUGGUUUGUUCUCGGUUCUUAACUGAUUCUGCAGGCAGCACAAACCAACAGUUCUUCUGUGUUCAGUUUUGGUGGGCAGCAUGAACAACAUUUAAUUCUCUGACUUUUUCUAGUGAUCAGGUUGUUUUAGGAGUACUAAACAUAUGCAUUCCUAGCUUCAGCUUUUUUGUGUUCUAAAAGGAACCUAACAAUCUUGAUAGCUCUGCCAUUAAGACUCAGGCCUUCUCAAUUUUCAUCUUGUUACUAAGCAGUUGGGUCAGAGAAGAUGCCAUUCAGCGGUAGAACACAAACUUUGCAUGUAAAAGGUCCCAGGUUCACUCCCCAGCAGCUCCAGUAGGCCAAACCUAAACAGACCGGAGAGCCCCGCUUUGUUUAACAAGCCCCCCACCCCCAGAGGAGGACUCAUGAACCCUGGAAACACACUUGGGUUCAAUGUACUCUGAUCCACAUCUGGGGACCUGCUUUGUACCCUUUCAUAGCUUUGCUGCUCUUGAAUUCCAUGGCAGGUGGGAUAGAAAUGUAAUGAAAUAAGCAAGGAAUGGAUGCUAAACUAAAUUCUUCUACAAAAUGAAUUAUUGCUAAAUGCUGAAAAUCUAGGAAAAAAGAUUUCAGAAGAGUUAAACAGUGUCUGGAAAACCUUAAUGAGGCUUAAGUGAACAUGCAGCAUUAAGCAGAGAGAAGCAUUUUUUGUUCCAAGCUGGGCUCGUUUCCUAACUUUUGGAAGGGGAGAUACAAAAACCAAAUGCUCAAGCUGAUUAAUUUCCUUAUUAGUGUGCCAGAGGGUUCCGAGUAGUAGAUUUGCCCACUUGCCUAGCACAAGUGAAAACUAGACCCAGGCAACCAGGCAAGGAAACUAUUUAUUUACAAAUUAGAAAAGGUUUGCCUUUGCCUUCCAUGCUAUUAAAGUGCCCAGAAAUUGCAAUAUAUGCAUAUUUGAGCAGGCAGACUAAUAAUUAGUUUUGUUGGCUAUGAAUUCCACUUGGACAGGUGGAAUUUAUUUGCAUAGGUGCACCUGGAUGGUGCAGUGGCUUCCAGUGAGAGUUUGUGAGCUCCCACCGGAAGCCGCAGUCGUAUGACCCCAGCAGUGGCAAUGGGGGUGCCACCCCAUGUGGGGUUCUGCAGCCUGAGGCAGCCACUUCAGUCUGCCUUAUGGGUUGGCCAGCCGGCCCUGAUGCAGCCAAAAGUCUGGAUUCACUUUUUAAGGCUGUGGAGAGCUAUAGAACUACGGCGAGCAAGGGAACUGUUAGAAGAGAGGAAACAGGAGAGAGGGGUCCAAGUGGACCCUGGUGCCUGCAGCCAUAGAGACCUAACGGAUGGGUUCAUUGAAACAGAAGGAAGAAAGAUCAGUGGGAGAGUGCAGGGUGGGUUUCUAAGCCAAGGAUUUGGGAUUCUUGGCAGAAGGGUGCAGGGAACCGCAGCUGGCAAGAGGGAAGGCAUUGCUUGCGGAGGAAAGUCCAGAGGCAGAGCCAAAGGGGGCGAUUUCCAGAACUGUGAGGCUGCAGCACUUCUGACUUUAAGCAAAGAGCCCCAGGGGGAAUUAAGCCACCAGGGCAGAAACUGUAUCCUUCCUCGAAGGGUGGCAGUGUGUUGUUGUGUGCUUAAAUUUGGCUAAAAACAACUUUUGAGAGCCAUGGGGAAAUCUGGCCAAGCCAAAGUAUAUUCAGUUCCCAUUAAUUUUAAGCCAAGUCAGCGGCAUGCCCGAGUGCCUAAGGCUGCUGCAAGAGUAGGAACUUCCCCUGUUGAGCAAAGCAAGACUUGAUUGGCACUUGGCAAUGUGGCUUUCCAUAAAAUGUUGAAUCGGAAGUUUCCUAUCCCUGUUUGAAGAAUAGUAUUGGGGUUUCGUGAAAUUACAUCGUAUUUUUAUUACUGUGUGCUGCCCUGGGAUCCUCUGGAUUUAAUUCAAGCAAUUAAAUAAAAGUCACCAUGCAAAAUAGGGGGAAAUGUGUGCAUGACUGAUCUGCAUAAUUUGCCUAAGCUGCAGAAAGUUGUCUCCAGCUGAGAUGGAGGCGGUUGCUGGAAGCCACAGGUAGAGAGAAGGCUCUUCUGCUCACAUCCUGCUUGCUGGUUUCCCAUGGACAUCUGGUUGGCCACUGUGAGAACGGGAUGCUGGACUAGAUGGACCAUUGGCCGGAUCCAGCAGAAGGACUGUUCUUAUGUUCUUGCUUGCUCUUUGAGAAGGAAGCCUUGAAUUUUAUGCAAGAUCCGCUGCUGGGGUCUUCCAGCGCUGACAUGCUGUUGCUUCAUUAAGAGUGUGUUAGAGAGACUGGCUUGCUGAGUUGCAUCUGGGCUGGAUUUAAGCCCUUGCUGCAGAUUGCCACAGACCUCCCAGUCAAGCAGCAAAAGGUUGGGGGAGGCAUGUGGGGGUGGGCUCACCUCAAGGCUUCGCUUAUCUGAAAGAAGCUGCAGUUCUCAGGCCAGCAAAGAUGAUGGAUACCAGUCCAGAUCAACCAGGAACCUGCUUCCUUUCUGUGAUCGGAUGUAGCAGCACAAAUAGAACUUCUGUCACAUUCAGCUGCUACCAUCAGGUGUCAAGAAACAGAGGCAUGCAUGUGUGAACCAGAUCCUUGUGUGAAGCAUAUGCAAGAUGCAGAAUAGGGUGCAAUUCACACUUCUAUUCUGGGACGUGGGUGGCACUGCGGUUUAAACCACAGAGCCUAGGGCUUGCCGGUCAGAAGGUCAGCAGUUCGAAUCCCCGCAACGGGGUGAGCUCCCGUUCCUCGGUCCCAGCUCCUGCCAACCUAGCAGUUCGAAAGCACGUCAAAGUGCAAGUAGAUAAAUAGGUACCACUCCGGUGGGAAGGUAAACAGCGUUUCCGUGUGCUGCUCUGGUUCACCAGAAAUGGCUUAGUCAUGCUGGCCACAUGACCUGGAAGCUGUACACCGGCUCCCUUGGCCAGUAAAGCGAGAUUAGCGCCGCAACCCCAGAGUCGUCCGCGACUGGACCUAAUGGUCAGGGCUCCCUUUACCUUUACCUUUACAUACUUCUACUCAGGAUUGAUUGGGCACCAUGUAGGGAUCUUCUGACAUGUAGUGUUAGAGCAUGGGUAGGCAAACUAAGGCCCGGGGGCCAGAUCCGGCCCAAUCACCUUCUAAAUCCGGCCCGCAAAUGGUUCAGGAAUCAGGGUAUUUUUACAUGAGUAGAAUGUGUGCUUUUAUUUAAAAUGCAUCUCUGGGUUAUUUGUUAGGGCAUAGGAAUUCAUUCAUCCCCCCCCCCCAUAUAGUCCAGCCCCCCACAAGGUCUGAGGGACAGUGGACUGGCCCCCUGCUGAAAAAGUUUGCUGACCCCUGUGUUAGAGUAUCAGAUUAGGACCUGUGAGACCAGGGUUCAAAUUCCUACUCAGCCAGGAAGCUUGCUGGGUGAUCUUGGGCCAGGGUUGUUGGAGAAUAAAAUGGGGAGGGGGAGAACUAUGUGUGCCACCUUGGACUUCUUGGUGGAAAGAAAGGUGUGCUUUGAAUGUAAGAAAUAAGAAAUCUUAUACAGGAAGGGAGUGUGUGUGUGUGUGUGUGUGUGUGUGUGUAUGUAAGCCAAGAUGGUAAAUCUGUUGAAAGUACAGAAUUAAAUGAUUGAAAGUUAGUCUCAGCAAACAGAUGCUUAGUGCCAUUUCACUUCCCUCUUGAUCCUUUGCCCUGGUGCUGCCCAGGGGAGCUGAGCACCACUGCUCUCCUGAACGGUCUGGCAGCCAGACUUUGGAUUAGGGGCCAAUUUUGCUGCUGCUUCACCUGGGUAGCAGCUGCUUGUUUGCAGAGCAGAUGGCCUUGCUGGGAUCAAGAAAAUAGUUUUAAAGUUAUUUUUAGUUUGGAUUAUGGCUUUCGUGGGGGGUGCCAGUUUGGCCCCCAAGAGUGUUUAUGUAUGUGAAAUGGAAGCAAAAUGUAUUGUGGCUGAUCAGAUCCUGCCAUUUAGGUUCUCUUGAUUCCAUAAAUUGGGAAACUGAUGCCAAAAGAAGCCUGUUUCUCUUGUGAGAAAGCAGGCUGGGGUCUCCUUUUUUGAAAUGGGAGCUGUCACUUCAGAGGAUGGGCCUGCAAGCUCCCUGGGGGAGGCAGCCCAGUCCUCAAAGGUGCCACCGCAUGGCAUGCCUUCGUAUGUCUGCCCUUGGCAUUUCUUUCUGUAGGCAAAGGUAACUCUCUGGGAAUCACAAGGAUCAGAAAUUCUCUCCCUAAGGCCAGGAGUCAUGCAACCCCUCCAGCUGUCCCUGUUUUCUGAUCUCUGCUAGAUCACUGUCCUGGAUUGGUUUUUGUUUUUACUCUUAGCAACAAAACAAAACCUUGUAAAAAUGCUGCUAGAUUUGAUGCUGUGUGUCGGUUUUCAGACGUCUCCCUGCUGGAGUUCCGAGUUGGCCAGCAAAUGCAUCUCUGCUACAAUUCUCUGGCUUGCAGCUUCCUGCAGCCAGGUGCCCACCAGAUGUUUCAAGCUGGGGUUGCAGACAUGCUGUACCUUUGAAGCACAUUCAAAGCACAUUUCCCCCAUCAAAGAAUUCUGGGCACUGGAGUUUGUUAAGGAUUGCUGGGAACUGUAACUUUGCAACUGCAGUGCCCGGAAUUGUUUGAGGGAAAGGAUUUGCUCCAAUUGUGCUUUAAAGGUAUAGUGCAGGCAUAGGCAAACUCACCCUCCAGAUGUUUUGGGACUACAACUCCCAUCAUCCCUAGCUAACAGGACCAGUGGUCAGGGAUGAUGGGAACUGUAGUCUCAAAACAUCUGGAGGCCAUAGCUGUCAACCGUCCCUUAUUUGGCGGGAAAGUCCCUUAUCCCAGCUCUGUGUCCCGCUGCUGUCCCUUAUUGAUGAUGUCCCUUAAAUUUCCCGGGUUUCAAAGGAAGCAGCUCCUCUCCCUCCCUCCCUGCCGGCCAGGGAGGAGGGAGGCUUCAACUGUGUUGCUUGGCUGCGUUGCUCACCCAAUAAGGAGUCUAAGAACGACUGGGGGGGUGGAGCUUACAUGCCUUGUGCUGAUCAAAUCGGCCGCGUUGCCUAGGGACUUGCCUUUGCUUAGCACUUCCCAGCGGAGAGGUGACGGUGGUUUUCCUUGCUGCAUCCCCUUUGCCGGGUUGCUGCGCUGUGGGAACCACCGCUUGAGGCUUUGUUUGGCUGCCGGCUGGGCUUUCUGCCUUUGGCUUGGAGGGGCUCAGAAGCUGAACAUACCUGUGCUUGGAAAACCCCUUAUUUUGGCUGCUGAUCCCUUAUUUUGGAGGCUGCUGGUCCCUUAUUUUCAAAUCUGUAAGUUGACAGCUAUGCUGGAGGGCCGAGUUUGCCUAUGCCUGGUAUAGUGUAUUACACAGCCUACAACUGCCAUCCGUCUUAAGUCAGCAUCAACAUGCUCCCAUCAGCCCCAGCAUCUUACAGUUGUGUUGUCUGAAUCUGAUCAGAGUUGCCGCUCAGAAUGUCCCAAAGGUGCCUGGUUGGUGGAGCCCAGGGUCGUGCAUGCGGCUGAACACUCAAGAUGCCAAUCAAUGCUCACUCUGUCGUUGUGCCCACACUUCAGCUGCUGAGCUGCCUCUUGGGCAGCUAGUAACUUAUUGCAGGAUGAAUAGAUGUUGGUAGUAUAUCUUUAACCUAAGGAUCAAAUGACCUCUUGGCUUCUAAAGGAGUUGAGCAGAAGCGACUGUUACAAAAGUGUGUGUCUGCAUAUCCAGCACUCACUCCCUUGUCCAAAAGGUUGGCUUAUUAUUUGUCAUGAAACUGACGGUGUGUGUACAUGCUGCUUCAGAGAGCAAAGUUACAGUAGAAGCAGGCAGCAACUCGCACACUACAGACACAGCUUGAUCUAAAGAGGACAAGGAGGUUCCUUGUCAAAAGCCUAAAGAGAGAAUGUGUGGCAUUUGACACAGACUCAGCUAAAAGUACAGCAACAAGGGGAGAGAGGAGCGGAUACCUGGAGCAAAGCUCUCAGGCUGGUCCUUGAGAGCACAAAGUGAAAAGGGGUCCAUAUUGGAGCUGUUAGAGCUGACAAACCAUUGAAACUGAAAGUACUGGGGCCAAUGUUAGGUUAUGGAGAAGGGAAGGGGUCUUUUAGAUGAGUAAUUCGGUAAGAACACCUUGAUUCCUCUGUUUCAUUUUUCAUUUCUUACAAGUUCCUGUCUGCUAGUUAUUCUGCUUACCUGACUUAGUUUGUAGUUGAAAGAAUAUAAUCCUAGUGAGAAAUGACAAACUGGUUUAUCUUUGUUUGUUUCCUGUCUUCUAUGUGGAGCCCAUUCUUUUUAGAGGAGAUGUGAAUUAAAUUUUGCUAACAACAGAUUACUGUGCUGAUAUUUACAUAAAGUCUUGAGAGAUCAGGAAGCUUUUCCAGGAUGAUAAGGACUCUUAUCAGGGUCAGGAAAGUCCAUUGAGGGGUUUAUUUUAAAUCAAGUUUAUGCCAGCUGUACUGAUGCCAUGAUCUGCAGUAAUAAAACACUGGAAAAGUUCCAGUUGGCGCUCAUCAUUACACAACUGAGUUGUGCCUUUGGCAGUGGGUCAGGGUGGGAGGAAGGCUCUGAGCCUUGGGGUGGGAAGAGGGAGGCGACCAGGACAUCCCUGGAUUCAUUUAUGAAAUGCUGGUGGGUCUGGUUUCCUCAGUUCAGCCAUGGGACUGUCCAAAGCCCUGUUCAGCUGUCUGGUUCCCAUCAUGUGAAAAAGCUUACAGGAAAGUGUGGGGUCAGCCCCCUCCCUUCGACAGCCCCACACCAAGCACCCAGUGUUAGUCUGACAGAGUGGUCUCCUUUUCCAUGUCCAAGAGAAGGAACCUCCAUCUCUCAGGGUUCCUGUCCCCAUGUUGGAAGCAAACACACCCUGCUUCAGACUGAGCCACGGCCAGCACUGAAAGCAGAGGUUUCCACUGUUGAGGACCUCUUUGUGCAUUCAGAGUCUAUGGGUAGCCCUGACUGGCCAUGGAAGCCAGGGACCUGGGAGACGAGGGUUUGAUUCCCCACUCGACCAUGAUGCUCACUGGGUGACCUUGAACCAGUCACUGUCUUCUCUCAGCCUAAUGUACCUCACAGGGUUGUUGGGAUUACAUGACAAGUGGGGAAACCGUGUACGCCACCUUGAAAAAAUGCAAGAAGUAAAUGGGUACCAGAAGGGAGGUGGGUGGCGCUAUGGUCUAAACCACUGAGCCUUGGGCUUGCCGAUCAAAAGGUCGGCGGUUCGAAGCCCUGUGAUAGGGUGAGCUCCCGUUGCUCGGUCCCAGCUCCUGCCAACCUAGCAGUUCGAAAGUACGUCAAAAAGUGCAAGUAGAUAAAUAGGUACCACUCCAGCAGGAAGGUAAAUGGCGUUUCUGUGCGCUGCUCUGCUGUCGGUGUUCUGUUGCGCCAGAAGUGGCUUAGUCAUGCUGGCCACAUGACCUGGAAAAACUGUCUGUGGAGCAGACAAACGCCGGCUCCCUCGGCCUGUAAAGCGAGAUGAGCGCCGCAACCCCAGAGUCGUUUGCGACUGGACUUAACUGUCAGGGGCCCCUUUACCUUGGGUACCACAUGCCCGAACAAGGUGAUGGUGUGUGCAGAAUAACCUCUUUUAAGCAGGGUAGCGCGGUGUGCUGUGGAGUUUAUUUUUGUGCUUCUGCACGUUGUUCCACACCUGGUGUGGCUGGCCUCUUUCCUCCCCUUCUCUUUCCUCUAUUCCUUCCUCCAUCGCUCAUCCCUGGGCAGCUGGGAGCUACGCUGCCAUGAGGCAGAUGGAUGGUUCUGUGUCUCCAUUAACAGGAGAGAGGCUGACAAAUGGAGCGACUUUCAGCAAGGCCAGAUGGGAAGGGCUGCCUCCAAGAGCAGACCGAGAUGGAGGAGGGUGGCUGAGGAGGCGGGGAGAGAGGGGAGGCCCAGUGGUCCUGCUGAAGGAGGAAUGGACGGCAGGCGUAACAGCUGGUCCAAAGGCCAAUGUCACUCUAGGUUGGAUUAUUGCAAAGCUUUGCGUCCUCACAACACACCAGUGUUUGCACUGCACACAAAGGCCCCAACAUUAAUUGUGUGGCUUUUUAAAGCUUCCUCAAAGACGCUUAGGCAGGAGGCAGCAUAUGUUGUCUCCCCAGCGGCAUUUUAUCCCCAUAACUGGGGGGGGGGAGAGGAACUGUGGCCCUCCAAAAAAUUUUUAAAUGCAUGCACACACAAAGCGAAUGCAGAAUCAGCCCUGGUGAGUAAACAGUGGGCACUGGGCUGGGUGACACCCAGCUUCAUGGCUGAGUCAUUUCAAGGUGGGCAGGCCGUGCAAAGAAUUCAAAAUUUAAAACAUCUCUUGCAGGUAUUUUGAUUUCGUCGAUGCUCCUUAAAAGGUCAGAGCGGCUCACAAGAAUGAAAGCAGUGAUAAAAACGUAAACUAGUUGACUAGAAAUUAAGGCCUUACAAUAGCGGGAAACCGGCAUGCACAGAUACAAAGAAGUCAUACUUCACGCAGGGCGUAGUUGAACCGUGGAACUCCCUCCCACAAGAAGUAGUCGUGACCUUCAGCUUGGGUGGCUUUGAAAGAAGAUGGACAAAUUCAUUGAAGAGAGGGCUGUUGAUGGCUACUAGCCAUGACAGCUGCUCUCUGCCUCUGCAGUUGGAGAUAGCGAUGUUUCUGAAUACCAGUUGCUGGAAACUGCAGGAGGGGAGAGCGCCCUGCUAUACUAGAUAGGCCCCCAUUGGCCUGAUCCUGCAGGCUCUUCUUGUGUCUACACACAUACCAGUUAAAAAGAAAGUUCUGUUUGCCUUGUAGCUCCAGCCCUCCUCCUCCUUUAGCUACACCCAUUUGGGACCACUCUGCUCCUCUUUUCCUACUGGAAAUGGGCCCGUGGUCUGAACUAGCACCUUCUUCUGCCCCUGCUUGCUUCUCUUUAGUGCAGCUGCUUCCAAAAUCUCCUGUCUGGAGGGAGAGAUGCUUCCUUGCACAGCUGGCUCUGCUCCUUCCUCCUAACCGGUGCAGUGGAUGCUGAGAGUUUGGGUUGCCAAAUAGAAUUAAGCUCCCACACCAGGACAUCUGGAAAGAGGCAGGAACUCAGCUGCUUCUGAUGGAAAUUGUCUCUGCGAAUCAUAGAAGCCUUGGAGCCUUAUCUUUGAGGGGUCCUUUUGAGCAGGACAUGUGAGCUGUACUUUUAAGGGUUGGGGGGGGGGGAGGUUCUUUCUCAAGGACCUCAGUGCUGCUUUUGCCAGCUCUGAACCUCUCGUUGUUCUCCAGGGUGCAGAAUGGGGGGCUGGGGUUUCCUCCACCCCCCCCCAAUUUUUUAAAAUUGUUUCCCCACUUUUAUGACAAAUAUAACAUAUCAUACACACAAAAGAAAAGACAUUACAAUACUAAAAGAAAAUAAAAAGAAAAAUAUAAACACUUAUUACAUCUAGAACCCAUUUUAUCUUUCAUUGUUAUCUGACUUCCUCAAAUCCCCCCUAACUGAAUUUCAUUGUAACAGUUUUCCAAAAUCGUCUUUCUAAUAAAAUUAAAUCCUUCAAUUUACUAUCUUCUUCUCUUUUCUUAUUAGUCUAAAUCCAUAGUUCUUUACAACUCCUUAUUCUAAUCCUAAGCCUAAUUGAUACUUUCAAGGGACUUCUAAUGAUCUUAUAUUACAAUAUUUAGCUAGAUAGUCUUUAAAUUUCUUCCAAUCUUCUUGGUGUUCCUCCUCUUUCUGAUCGCGGAUUCUUCCAGUCAGGUCAGCCAGCUCCAAAAAGUCCAACAUCUUCAUCUGCCAUUCUUCUACAUUUGGUAUUUCUUGAGAUUUCAAAUUUUUAGCUAAUAGCAGUCUUGCCGCUGUAGUGGCAUACAAAAAUAAUCGUAACAUCUUUUUUGGGCAAUUCCAGUCCUAUUAUUCCAAGUAAAAAGGCUUCUGGUUUCUUAACAAAUGUAUUUUUCAACAUUUUUUUCAACUCAUUAUAAAUCUUUCCCCAGAAGUCCUUAACCUUGGGACACUUCCACCACAUGUGAUAAAAGGUGCCUUCUUUUUCUUUGUACUUCCAACAUAAAUUAUCAUUUGUGUGGUAAAUCUUUGCUAAUUUUACCGGGGUUAAGCACCAUCUAUACAUCAUUUUCCUAAUGUUUUCUUUUAAUACCGUACAUGCAGUAAACUUAACCCCUUUCUUCCACAACCUUUCCCAGUCUUCCAACAUUAUACUGUGUCCAACAUCUCUUGCCCAGGGGUUUCCUGACUUGGUGAAUGACUUGACAGCGGUCUGUAGAAGCCCCACUCUGGUCCCAGGUGUCAAGGAUGGAGAAGAACAAAUCCUGCAGAGCAUCUGGUGGGAGUCUUUGGAUUCCUAGUAAACUCUCUGCUUUUCAGUCCAGCCGAGCUGUUGUCCUCUGCUCCCUGCACCCACCCACCCCAAAUGCACACAGGAAACCCCAAGUGUAUCUAAGCUCAGGGCUAAACCAGGCAGGAUGUGGGAGAUCUAAGAUGCAGCAUUUGUGACUUUCUAGUUUAGAGAAAAGGCGAGUAAGACAUGACAGGAGUUUUUAAGAUGAUGCCUGGCAAAUCCUCCCCCUGCCCCAUUCCCAUACACCUGAGCCAGUGCACUGCUAGAGAUGGUUUUGCUGUUCCUGGCCUGAUUAGGACGUCUCUCCAUCUUGCCUGCUGAGUCCCCAUCACCCAGCAUGACCCGGGCAGUGCCUUUGGCAAAGACUCUUGGCUGAGAAAGCAGACAGAGAGGUAGUCAGCCCUGGCUGUGUGCUUCCAGGGGGUGUCUUGCAUGCGCUGCUCAAGGGGUGUGCGCUGGCUGUGCCCCUCCCCGGCUGCAUUUGUUUAAGGCAGCAAGCCUCAGGUGGAGCACUGUGGGAGAGGUGGCCUGCCCAAGUGCCCCCUUGGCUUGCUUGUGGCCCUCAGGUGUUGGGGAGGGCAAAUGGUUUGUUUGUUUAUUACCUGCCCUUCACCCUAAGGUUUGAGCAUGGGUAACAAUGCGGGUGGCGCUGUGGUCUAAACCACUGAGCCUAGGGCUUGCCAAUCAGAAGGUCGGCGGUUCAAAUCCCUGCGACGGGGUGAGCUCCCAUUGCCUGGUCCCUGCUCCUGCCAACCUAGCAGUUGGAAAGCACGUCAAAGUGCAAGUAAAUAAAUAGGUGCCACUCUAGCAGGAAGGUAAACGGUGUUUCCGUGCGCUGCUCUGGUUCGCCAGCUUAGUCAUGCUGGCCACAUGACCCGGAAGCUGUCUGCGGACAAACGCCAGCAACCCUCAGCCUACAGAGCGAGAUGAGCACACAACCCCAGAGUCGUCUCUGACUGGACAUAACAGUCAGGGGUACCUUUACCUUUACAGCAUUAAAGCACAAUAUUAAUAACAACUAAAAACAACUUACAACCAUCCUCCGAAAGCCGUACAAUGCAGAUGCCAGAUGCACCUUUGCAGGGAGGGAGUUUCACAGCUAAGGGGCCACCACAGAGAAGGCCCUCUUGCCUGGGCCACCACCAUGCCAAGCCUUCUAGGGUGGAGGAACUACCCAGGGGUCCCCCUGUUCUGAUCUUGGAGGCAGCCUCUCAGGUCUUUGGAGCCUGAGACAUUUAGGGCUUUUAAACACCAGGGCUUUUUCCCAGCUGGAACUCAGUUCCGGCACCUCUCAGCAGACACCAUUGCCAUUCUAAGAGAACAAGGGAGGCGUUCAUGGUGAGUUCCGGCACCUCUUUUUCUAGAAAAAUAGCACCGUUAAACACUAAUGUGAGCAGCUUAAUUGGGUCCAGAAACAGCGCAGCUGUUUCAAAAUGGGUUAUAUGAGAUCUAAGUGGAACCCCAGCCAGCCAGCUCCUGUGUUUUGGACUGACUGAAGUUUCCGAAUCGUCUUCAAGGUCAGCCCCACACAGAGCGUGUUGCAACGAUCCAGUCCAGCAAACCAGCCAGAGCUGAAGAAAGGCACUCCCAGCCACCGCUGCCAGUCUUGAAGAGACAACGGCACUGUAGUUUGGAAAUAGGGUGGGGGUGGAGAUAUCAUUUUAUCCUUUGCUUUGUGCAAGUCUUGAGCUUCAUUGCUGAACAGCCCCAGAAGGAGAGGCCAUGAAACAGACAGCUGUCAGGCUGGUUAGGAAAGCAGCUCAGAGGAGGCAGGAAAUUCAGAAUUUCGUCAGCCGCUCUGCUGGGAGGUGGUGAUAUUCUUAGCGCUUCUGUUUUGCUCCCCCCAACCCAAGAACAAUGCUUGGCGGAUGCAGCAGCGGAUGCAGCAGUGCUAAGACUUCUGGGCUUCCUGCUUUGCGUCUUCAGGCAGAUACAAAGAAAGAUUUGUGGACACCUGUUAAGCUACAGCAGCCAAAACAAGAGAUUAUGCCCAGAGGUGGCGUAAGAUGAAAUCCCAGAGAGAAAGGGAAAAGAAGAUGGGGUUCAGAGUGGCAUUCGGCACAGGAGUCAGAUUCAGCACUGGAGAGCUUUGUCUUUCCCUGUUAAGUAUCUAGUCCUUAUGACUUCAAAGAUAUGUGUGAUGCCUGUGAAAAUUUCAGAAGCUGGACGGCUAAUGUGUGGUCAGCUGGAGGGCUUCAGUGCUCUACAAAACCCUUUGUGUCACUUAGCAAUGUACACGUUCAGUCCAAAUUACAUAGCAUAGCAUAGCUUGGACUACUGCAAUGUGUUCUACGUGGGGCUACCUUUGAAGGUGACCCGGAAACUGCAAUUAAUCCAGAAUGCAGCAGCCAGACUGGUGACUGGGAGUGGCCGCCGAGACCACCUAACACCAGUCCUGAGAGAUCUGCAUUGGCUCCCAGUACGUUUCUGAGCACAAUUCAAAGUGUUGGUGCUGACCUUUAAAGCCCUAAACGGCCUCGGUCCUGUAUACCUGAAGGAGCGUCUCCAACCCCAUUGUUCAGCCCUGACACUGAGGUCCAGCGCCGAGGGCCUUCUGGCGGUUCCCUCAUUGCGAGAAGUCAAGUUACAGGGAACCAGGCAGAGGGCCUUCUCGGUAGUGGCACCCGCCCUGUAGAACGCCCUCCCUUCAGAUGUGAAGGAAAUAAGCAGCUAUCUUCUCUUUAAAAGACAUCUGAAGGCAUCCUUGUUUAGGGAAGUUUUUAAUAUUUAAUGUUGUAUUGUUCUUAAUACUUGAUUGGAGUGGCUGAGGAGGCUCAGCCAGAUGGGCGGGGUAUAAAUAAUAAAUUAUUAUUAUUAUAAGUAGGCAGAAUACAUUAUGCCAAAGAAAAGGUAAUUCAUGGAGGAGAGGGCUAUUGGUGGCUUCUAGCCAUAAUGGCUCCUGAAUGUUUUAAUUGUUUUUUUUAUAUAUAUAUAUACAUAUAUAUAUAUAUAUAUGCUUUGUGUUGUUUUGAUUUGUGUAACCCACCUCAAGUGUCUGUCCGGACAGAAGACGGGAAAGAAAUAAACAUAGUAAUUGCAGUAAGGCCUGAGGUGCUGGCCAGUCCAUUCCACCUCCUGUUUCUCAGAAUGGUCUUCCAGGAAAACAAGCAGGGGUGUCACAUUUCUGCACCUUUUGGACUCCCCUCCCUCCCCACUACAAUCCAUGGAUCUGAAACCCAUUAGAGGUCUGCAAAAUCGCCAUUGAAUUGAACGAACGAUUAGCAUGUUCUUUUCAUUUAUCUCAGAAAGUAAAUUGUUGUGUGCUUUAAAGCAGUUUCCCGCCUCCCCUUUCGCCACAGGCCUCUGUUCCUGAUGAAAGACACUUUCCAAGGAUGGACUACAUAAGUGAGAACUACCCGGUCCCUUGUGGGCACGACAAGUACAUUUCAAAGUAAGUCGGAGGCUGGCUGCGUGUUCCGGGCAGACCUUUGUUCUUUGCAGCUGGCACCAAUCCCUGGGGUCUGGUGUGUUGGUGUCUGUGUAUAACUGCAAGCACGUGCAAGGAAGAGAGGAGAGACUUGAGUACCAGCAACUUGCAUCUUAUGCUAAUCAUAUUUAUGCAAUUGGAGUGGCGGGGUGAAUAAAUAGAGAAUGGAGGAAACCCACCAAUUCUUGCUCUCCAUGUAUUUAUGUUCUCUGCACACCCAGAGAGUCUCCCUCACUUUUUCGGGCUUUGGGAAGGAGACAUGAGGACUCAAGGAUGCUCUGAGAGCCCUCGCACCGCCUUUCCAAAGCCUAGUAAGCAAGGGGCUGUCUUCUUCACCGGCCUCUGGGAAAGAGGCACAAGGGCUCUGGGACAGUUCUGGAGGCCGGUAAGGAAGGCGUUGCCUCACCUAGUGGGCUCCCUGAAGAAGAAGAGUUUGGAUUUGAUAUCCCGCCUUUCACUCCCCUUCAGGAGUCUCAAAGCGGCUCACAUUCUCCUUUCCAUUCCUCCCCAACAACAAACACUCUGUGAGGUGAGUGAGGCUGAGAGACUUCAGAGAAGUGUGACUGGCCCAAGGUCACCCAGCAGCUGCAGGUGGAGGAGCGGAGACGCGAACCCGGUUCACCAGAUUACGAGUCCACCGCUCUUAACCACUACACCACACUGGCUCUGGUCCUCCUGUGACCUUCCCAGAGCAAGAUAAAGAGUCCUUUCCCUGUGGGUUGGGGGCAGUUCCAGGGGCUCCUGGCUUCACGUGAUUUUGUGUUUACACACUGACAGCCAGAACCAAAUUGCUGCAUAAGCUGUGAGUUGCCUGUAUGUUGUGAAGCUGUGGGCAGAGGUGAAGUGAGGGCAGUUACAACCAGCCAUUCAUUUCUAGCCUAGAGAACUCCCUACAGGAAGAGGGACUUUGAGUGCAUGCAAUCAAUCUCUCUCUCUCAUUAAAUUUUCUGUUUUACAAUUUCAAAUAUUUAUUUUGCAUCCUUGAUAGAUCAAUGACUUCCCUUCUUCUCUUUCUGUGGUUCAUUUUACAUAUCUUAAAUCCCUGCAUAUUUAACAAAAACUAUACCAAUCAGUAUUCCAUGAUUAUUGCAUCCAUCGAAACUUAUUUACUGUUGAAUUUAUCUUAAUGCUGCCAGCAUUUUCAGCUGUAUACAAUUAUAUUCCAUAUAUUCAAUAAAUGUUUUCCAGUCUUCUUUAAACAUAUGUUCUUCUUGUUCUCUUAUUCUAUAUGUUAGGCAUGCAAGUUGUGCAUAUUCUGUCAACUUAAGUUGCCAUUCUUCUUUGGUUGGGACCUCGCAUGUUUUCUGUUAAGUUGUGGGUUGACAUAGCAGACGACACAGCGAUUUCUCCAAAUCAGCUCUUUAUUUUGUAAGCUGGAACAGAACUGGGCUGAGGAGCUCAGUCAGCCUGCUUAUAUAGAGCUACAGAACAAUUGUAACUGUUGCAACGUUCUAAAACUAUCCAAUCACUGAACGUCACUUUUCGAUCCUUCAUUUGCAUACAAAACUAUCCAAUCACUGAACAUCACUUUUCGAUCCUUCAUUUGCAUAACUAUCUACAGUAUCCCCCUGCUGGCCCAGGGUGAGAACUUCAGUACAUAACAUUUUCCAUUUGGGGGCUAACAAAACAUGGGUCACAGUUGCUGCAUACAUAAAUAACCUUUUCUGACACCUGGGGAUUUCAUUCUGAAUUAUCCCCAACUUUCAGGACUCUGAAAGGACUCUCAGAAAGUGCAUGCCGUUUUCUGAUGGGACAAUGAAAUGUGUGGCUGGAGAAGCAUGUUCUGUGGAACCUUGGCUUUCCUUGGAGGCUUCUCAGGAGAGCCAUGAAAGUGGAGCAAGUUUGGGGUCAGGGGUCAGCUCCAAUUUCCUUAAAUAUUUUACUGCAAAAAGCAGCAACUUUUGGACAAAGCCACUACAUGUGGCAAAGAGAGCUGGACAACUCUUCCAUUUGCUCUUCUAACAGCUCUUGUUCCACAUCUUCCAGAAAUGAACUGUUGUUGCACUUGAAGACCUACAAUCUCUACUACGAAGGCCAGAACUUGCAGCUCCGGCAUCGAGAGGUGAGAAGACCUUUCUACGCAGAGACAAGUUAGGGGAGAAUGUUGUGACCACGGGUGUGUGCCUGGGCAUGAUUCCAAAAAUGAAACUCUGCACCCAAGUCACCAGAACUCCUCGCCUAAAGGAGCUGGGUCCUGCAAACGGUGUAAUGCAUGCAAAAAGGCACAUAGGUGCAUGCUUUUUGAAUUAUUGCAGUGCAGAGUUUACUCUUCAGUUUUAAUUCCAGUUUUACUAUUUUUGGACUGUGCAAGGCCCCAGAACUCUGACACCCCCAGACUCUGGGUUUUUCCUUUGGCCUCCCCCUUUUCCCAACUCUUGAGAAUUCAGCUGCCCAUGCACUUUUAAUGAUGCAUUCAGGAGGGCUGGAAACCUGCUUUUAAAAACUAAAAUGAUCCUUCCAGAGGAAUACAGUAUGAUUGCAUCUUAUGCACGUUUAACUCGCACAGUUUCAACCACAUGCGGUUGAAGGCCAGCUGGCUUAAAGUGUGCAAGUUAAAUGCAAGCAAGGCGGAGAGCUCGAAAGCUCUUUUUGCACCAGGUCUGCUGGCGGGAAAAGCAAUUAAGUGGUAUGUAAAUCUUAGGAAGCAAAAUAAAUAUAGUUGAAACCAGCAUCCUUUCUUUCGGUGCUUGCUUUUAUUUUCACUUUAUAAUACACAAAAAGCAAUGGCAGCAACGGUCAAGAGAAAGAGAAAAGAGCAAACCAAGGGGGGGGGAUAAAGAAAGGAUAUGAGGAGAAAGGAGGGAAUGGUACUAUUCCGAAAGCAGUGUUAUAAUUCCAGACAAUUGUCCUUCAAGAGUAAAGGUAAAGGGUAAAGGGACCAUUAGGUCCAGUCGUGGCCGACUCUGGGGUUGCUGCGCUCAUCUCGCUUUAUUGGCCAAGGGAGCCGGCGUACAUCUUCCGGGUCAUGUGCCCAGCAUGACUAAGAACCAGAGCAGCACACGGAAAUGCCAUUUACCUUCCCGCCCGAGUGGUACCUAUUUAUCUACUUGCACUUUGACAUGCUUUCGAACUGCUAGGUUGGCAUAGCAGGGACCGAGCAACGGGUGCUCAUCCCGUUGAGGGGAUUCGAACCGCCGACCUUCUGAUCGGCAAGUCCUUGGCUCUGUGGUUUAAUCCACAGCGCCACCCGUGUCCCAACCUUGAAGAGUACAUUAUCCAAUAAUGUUUAUCCAUAGGAGCGCAUGAGAAGAGGGGGGCUGCCAGCCCAUGUUCCUUUACCUUAAUGUAUUCAGUAAAUGGAUGCCAAACUUUUGAAAAGCUGUUCUUCAUUUUCAGAUAGCGCAGGGUUUGGGUAUAUUUUGUUAACAUGGUCCAGCUCUGGAGGUAGAACCAGCAUCCUUGGGGCUUGGGGAAGUUUACUGCAGCAUCCUUGGAGCAGACCAGCUUCUGGACCAUCCCUCAGUCCCUUCUCUCAUGUGCCCUCUAGGAAGAAGGGGAGUUCAUCGUGGAGGGCUUGCUGAACAUCUCCUGGGGGCUGCGCAGGCCCAUCCGCUUGCAGAUGCAAGACGACAACCAGCGCAUCCGCCCCCCGCCUUCGUCAUCCUCCUGGCAUUCUGGCUGCAACCUGGGAGCACACGGGUCAGUACACAAUCCAGGGCAUGUUUGUGUGAGUGUGUGUGAGAAAAAUAUCUAGGGGUCUUAGCAGACCACAAGCUUAACAUGAGUCCAGUGUGACGCAGCAGCUAAAGAAAGCUGAUAGUAUUUGAGGCUGCAUCAACAGAAGGCGAGUUUCCACAUCGAGGGAAGUCAUAGUCCUGCUCUCUUCUGCCUUGGUCAGAGUCCUUUGUCCAGUUCUGGACACAACAAUAUAAGAAGGAGGUUGACAAGCUAGAACGUGUGCAGAGGAGGGUGAGCAAGGGUCUGGAAACCAGGCCUUAUGAGGAACGGUUGAAGGAGCUGAGUAUGUUUAGUCUGGAGAAGAGGAGAAUGAGAGGAGAUAUGAUGGCCCUCUUCAAACAUCUGAAGGGCUGCCACAUGGAAGGUGGAGCAAGCUUGUUUUCUGCCGCUCCAGGGGGAAAGCCCCGAACCAGUGGAUUCAAAUGACAAAGAAGGAGAUUCUGACUAAACAUUAGGAAGAUCUUUCUGAUGGUAAGAGGUGUUUGGCACUGGACUCUCUGUCAUUAGAGGCUUUUAUGCAGAGAUGGGUGGCCCUGUGCCAGGAAUGCUUUAGUUGUGGUACCUGCCCUUCAGGGAGUGGGAUUAGAUGGGUCCCUGCCCACUUUAUAAUUCUAUCACCGUGACCAUUUUGUUUUAACUUUUCCUGUGAUCAGGGACUUAAGGGAGGGUUUGAACUCGUGUAAUAUCGGCAAGGAAAGUGGCACCUUGAUGUGUAGAAACAAGGGUGGGGGUGGAUUGGGGCCAGAAACAAACUGAGGAAAUCAUAAACUUUUUUUUUUUUAAAUGGGACGAAAUACCACUGAUUUUCCUGAACACUGGAGAAAUAGACUUGGGUUUUAGGGGCGUGAGUUCAAGUCCUACCCCUGCUGGGCUCACACUGCUCUCUGCCCCUUCUCCUUGGGUAGAAAAUAAGAUACAGCCAAGUACAAGGCUGGUCUGUCUGCAUCUAGGAUCCCCAUGAAGAAACCAACUUGGGAACUGCAAAAUAUGCAGCCCAGACUAUACAAGUGGCACCGUGACCUUGAUUAUUUCUGCUUGUGGAACACUGUAAUCUACAUGAUCACAAGUUGCAGAUAAAUAAAGAGUUUUUGUAUGGCGAAAAUUAUAGUCAGGAUGGCAACAGAGCCUCUUGGUUGCUGUUUUUGUUUUUGUUUUUAAUGCUUUGGGAAAUGCUCAGUAAUUUCUGCUGUAACCAGAGUCUAUCGCUAACAUGGCACAGAUCCAUUCUACGCAUUACACAGAAGGUGGUGGUAGGAUUCUGGAGGCUGGAGCUUCAGACUCCAGGGACGGUUGCAGUUUUGAAUUUUCCCUGCCUGCAAAAAAUAAGUGCACCUUGGUCAAAAGAUUUUGCAAUUCCCUCUUCUUGUUUUGCUGCAUGCAGGGAGCUGUUUUACUAAGCAAAGCAUUCAAAAAUAUUUAAGCCUCACACAUAAUUUUAUCCCUGCUUCCUGCCUAACAUCCGACUUGAGGCAAUUCUGACAUCAUGUUUUCAAAGUGUGCCCUCUUUGGUGUCCAUGUGUCUAUUAGAGUCUGAAGUGGGGUGCAGAGGGCACACAGAAGAUCAUGCUGGCUACUUCUGUGGUGAAUCCUAGAAUUGUUGAGUUGAAAGGGACCCCUGAUGCCAUCUAGUCCAACCCUCCCUGCAGUGCAGGAAUCGCAGCUAAAGAAUGCAUCUUGCAACAACAACAAAACCAUCACGCUCACAUAACUUGCCACUCUGAUUUUGUGCUGUGUUUACUAUUCACACCAGCAGACGAACAAUAAUUGCUUGCAUCAAUCUGUGUUUUUAGAACACUUGGGGAAGUCUUUCAAGGUAUUUUCUAAAUCCCGAAUUCUCUUAUUUUGUCUCUUCCCUACUUAGGUCAGUCAUAAAGCCGUCAACCUUACCAGACAUUCAGGUCACGGAAGCUGAGCCCUCGGAUGGGGACGGAAUUGAUGGGGGAAUUGGUAAGAUAGGGGAAGUGAAGGAUGCUGGGGGUCCUUACUGGUGCUAAGGAGUUGGGGGUCUCCAUCUUCUGAAAAUAAUGCAAUAAUGGAGUAUAAUCCUUAUCUAUGACAAUAACUCACUGUGAAGUGUAGUAAAUCCGUUUCUGAAAGGUGUUUUUCUGGGAGCUUACCCUGUGCUAGGAGUGCCAUAAUUAUGUGUCUAAAAGGAUCAGAGCAAUCUGUAUCUCGGGUCUAAAUAUUUGUUUCAGAGUUCUCUUGUGAUGUGGAUGGUGCUGAUCCACCAAACUCUCUUUAUGUUCUUAAAAGGAAUGACUUCUCCAUACAGUUCAGAGUUAAACUUGCCACUUCCAGAUGCAGUCACAACCUCUGGCCUGGGUAGCUCUAAAGGGGGGGGUGCGUGUGACAGAGUUGUGGAGGUCAAGGCUGAUUGGCAUGUGAGGGACGCGGGUGGCGCUGUGGUCUAAACCACUGAGCCUCUUGGGCUUGCCGAUCAGAAGGUCAGCGGUUCGAUUCCCCAUGACGGAGUGAGCUCCUGUUGCUCUGUCCCAGCUCCUGCCAACCUAGCAGUUCAAAAGCACAUCAGUGCAAGUAGAUAAAUAGGUACCACUGUGGCGGGAAGGUAAACGGUGUUUCCGUGUACUCUUGCUUCCAUCACGAUGUCCCGUUGCACUAGAAGCGGUUUAGUCCUGCUGGUCACAUGACCCGGAAAGCUGCCUGUGGACAAACGCCGGCUCCCUCGGCCUGAAAGCGAGAUGAGUGCCGCACCCCGUUGUUGCCUUUGACUGGACCUGACCAUCCAGGGGUCCUUUACUCUUUACUUUUUACCUUCCUCCAUGGCCAGAGGCAGAGAGAGUGGCUGCACUCAAAUCCUGCUUGUGGACUUUGCCAGAGGCGUCUGGUUGGCCCCCGUGGAAAGCAGGAGGAUGCUGGCCUUGAGGGGCAGCCAGGCGCCUCCGAGUUCAUGAGACCAGCGUGAAACACACACACACACACACACACACACACACACACUGAGUGGUGUGGAAGAAUGAGCUUUGUUCCCCUUUUCCUUGGCAACACAGCCCUCCUCUCUUUAGAAAGGGAAUAACAGGAGUCAUUGUUAAGCAGAGUUGCCAUGGAGAAAUAAACAUUUACAGGAGAAGCGCUCUCUCCCGCUCUCCCCAUCACCCUUCGCUCUCUGAUCCGAGAUCGGCCUUCCUGUUUAACAAAACAGAAAACCACCACGUGGGUUUUGGCAUUUACAGGCUUUGUGCAAUCUGAACUGUGCGGUUCUCGCCUCUCCCCUCUUCUUUUCCCUUCCCUUAAAAAACCAAAGCAAGCCAGGCAACCCCUGCUUAGAUAAAUCAAAGUCUCAGCAUCUGCAUUGGUUCCCCUGGGAUAAGAAGCACAAAGCAACCAAUUUAUUUGGAGUUGCAGGUGCAAGCUUUUGAGUCACACAGGAUGCUUCAGUAGUCCGGGUCUUCGGGAAGGAAAUGUGGGAGAGGCAAUGCCCCAUGUUGCUGUAGCCACAAGGCCACUGUUAGACAUUUCUGCAGUAAGGAUUUUAAUCCCACUCGCUGCUUGGAAGACUAGUGGGUUUAAGGUAAAAUAGCUGAUGGAAAUUGCUGCUCAGAAACUUUUGUGCAAAGCAAAAAACAAAAACCACCCUAGCUGAGGUCUCCCUCUUCUUCCAUGCACAACAGUCAGCGGUUGAAUAUGUUUUGCUGUGUCUGUUUGGAAGCCCUGGGCCAGUUGGAAGCUGCCAGGGUACCGAUCUUGUCUAUCUGGCCAGCUGCCCUCCACAAGCAGUUGCCUUCAGCACUGGCGGAGGAAUGGGGGGGCGGGGGAGCGCAAUGCCCCCGGCACCAUCGGGGAGGGGGUACCAUUGUGGCUGCCCCCCUGAACACGGGCUACCCCCCCCACUGCUCCGGGUACUACGCCCCCGCGGGCAAUGUGCCACGCCCCCAGGAAGCACGACACCCCCCACAGGUGGUGUGCUAUGCCCCCAUGGGUAGCACUCCACGUCCCUGGGGGGCGCACCAUGCCCCCGGUGCCGGAGCAUGCAGCUUCGCCACUGGUCUUCAGCACUCCAGAGUAAAAGUGAGCCCCUUGGGCUCCAUGUUGCAGGAGAAGAUGCUUGUGGGUCACACUUAAAAAAUAAUAAUAAUGGCCUGCCUCUUUUUGCCUUCCCCAUAGCCAAGAGCAGGGCAUGGUCAGGAUUAACAGUUUUCUCUGCUGCAAAAUCUGCACACACCCGCUAAGUUUUCAGGAGCUCAUUCAGAGUAAGACCAUCACGAUUAACUGAUGUGCAGCCUAGCAAUCCAUAAUUGAGGGAUGAAAACCAGCACCAGUCCAAGCUUAAUUUUAUCUGUCAAAGAUCAGCAGGCCAUUUAUUAUUUUUUUUAAGUGUGACCUUCUGAUGCUCAAGUUUGAGGAAGUUUAAACCUCUGUGCAACAGCUUAGAAGGGAUGCCCAAAUGAAAGGAGUGUUGCUCAGCCCUCCCAGAGAACACAGCUAAGGCUGUAGCAGGAAGUUACCGUAUUUUUUGCUCCAUAAGACACACCAGACCAUAAGGCGCACCUAGUUUUGGGAGGAGGAAAACAAGAAAAAAAAUAUUCUGAAUCCCAGAAGCUAGAACAGCAAGAGGGAUCUGGCUUCUGGGAUAGCCGCGCUAAGCCUCUUCAGGGCAGCAAGAUGAAGGCUCCCUCUGCCCAAAGAGGCUGCGCGCCACUAAGGCAGAAGCCAGGAGAGGUGCUUCGCUGAAGGGGCGCUGCGCAGAGAGCGAGAGCUGCGCAGCACCCCUUCAGCGAAGCGGGUGGAGGAACAGAAGGAGCCCCUUCUGUUCCUCCUCUAGCUUCGCAGGACAGGCGCGUUGCUGAAGGAGCGCUGCGCAGCUCUCCCUCUCUGCGCAGCACCAUUUGCUCCAUAAGAUGCACUCACAUUUCCCCUUACUUUUUAGGAGGAAAAAAGUGUGUCUUAUGGAGCGUAAAAUACGGUAGGUGUAGCAUCCAAGGGGUUGAGCACAUCAGAGGCACACAUGGGCCUGCCUGGGAGCUGUAGAGCAUUUCUCGGCCUCUUUGAAUUUCCUUGCUGGUAAUGGGGUGGAGGCUGAUGGGGAAAGAGAGACACUCCCCCAAAGAGAUCCGUCCAGGACUCAUAAUGUGCCACAUGAAGGCUGUUCUUUGCCUCCAUAGUUGGCACUCGGAUGCCUUGAAGGACUGGCAGUAGUGCUCUUGACCAUUCUCUCUCAACUGAGUAGUGUCCUAAAAUGAGGACAGGAGGAGCCAGUCUCUUGGUUGCAGGCCACACCCUCCACAUGUCAGCAUAUCUGCUGAGAAGCUCUUGCAUGAGGACUGUUAAACUGUGGAACUCCCUCCCACAGGAGGCGGUGAGGUCACCCACCUAAAUGGCUUUAAAAGAGUAUUAGGCAAACUCAUGGAGGAGACGGCAACAGAAUACCAGUUGCUGGAAGCCACGGGACAGGAGAGUGCAGCUCUUUGUGCUCAAAUCCUGCUUGCAGCUUUCCCAUUGGGGCAUCUGGUUGGCCACUGUAAGGACAGUAUCCUGGACUUACCGUAUUUUUCGCUCCAUAAGACGCACCCGACCAUAAGACACACCUAGUUUUUAGAGGAGGAAAACAAGAAAAAAAAAUAUUCUGAACGAAACAGUGGAUGUAUGAUUUUUGUGGUUCAUGCUUUGGCCACAGACAUGUGAUCUGAUGGUGAAUUUGGGGUGACCCAAUGCAAAAAUCCUGAGGAUCCAUGUGGAUCUGUGCUUUGUAACCACGUUUUUGUGCCAUUGCGGCCCCAUGCAACAGUGGGUGCGUGGUUUUUUGAGUGCAGGCUGUAGCCAGGGACAUGCUAUGUGAUCUGAUAGUGAAUCCUGAGGAUCCAUGGGCUUUUACCUCCCCCCUCCUAGGCAGCCUCCUUUAUCUCUAGCGUCCCUUAUCUCUCUCUCUCUCCCGAUCGGCAAACGAUCAGAGGCUUUGUUUCAACACCCACUUCCCUCUUUCAAAAAAAGAGCAUGAUCUGCUUUUUGUCCCUGGGCAAUUUGGCUCCAGGGACCUCGCAUUCUCUCCAUAAGACGCACAUACAUUUCCCAUUACUUUUAGGAAGAAAAAAGUGCAUCUUAUGAAGCGAAAAAUACGGUAGGUGGACCCCCUUUGGUCUGAUCCAGCAGCCUCUUCUUAAGAUGUCUUUAAGAUGUCUUUCUAUUUUUUUGUUUUGUUGUUUAAUGCCACCCAGCUUGUUUCAGAUCUGAAACAGGAGCAGGCUUGGGUGGGUUGACACAUGGUGAGUUGAAAUGUGAGUUUAAGGAGCCCAUUAAAAAUGGAUUAAGAGGGAUUUCAUUAUGUUCUGGGUCCACGCCAGGAAUCUUAGAGGAACGCUUAAGGGUCUGCUUUCCGUGCCACAUCACAUUCUCAUCUCAAGGAGCAGCCGCUCAGAGGAAGCUCUUGAACAAGAGCUCUCACCCUUUUUCUAGCAGGCGAAAGGGUAAAUGCAGCCAGUUAGACCAGAGGUUGGCAACCUAAGCCCGUGGGCCGGUUCCAGCCCAUGAGCCUCCUGGAACCAGCCCACGGCUGUUCCAUGGAUUGGCGUGGGGAUUCCAUUUUUUUUCUCGGAGCCAUUUUCCCCCCCUCACCACGGGGACCGACUUCGGGUCGGAAGAGCGCCGGAAAUAGCAUGUGCUCACCUGGAGGAACACUCGUACACGUACAUAUACACUACUUCUGGCGCACUGGCGUACGUGUCCCUUGCUUCUGGCGUACAUGUCCCUUGUGCUCGGAUCCUCUCUGUGGAUCGUCCCCCCCGAGUCAUCUGGUGGGCCACUGUGAGAACAGGAUACUAGAACACAGGGGGCUCCACUGGCCCGAUCCAGCAGCCAGGCUCUUACGUUCUUAAUGUUCAGAGUUUGCAGGUUGCUGUUGUUGUUUAGUUGUUUAGUCGUGUCCAACUCUUCGUGACCCCAUGGACCAGAGCACGCCAGGCACUCCUGUCUUCCACUGCCUCCCACAGUUUGGUCAAACUCAUGCUGGCCACUUCGAGAACACUGUCCCACCAUCUCGUCCUCUGCCGUCCCCUUCUCCUUGUGCCCUCCAUCUUUCCCAACACCAGGGUCUUUUCCAGGGAGUCUUCUCUUCUCAUGAGGUGGCCAAAGUAUUGGAGCCUCAGCUUCAGGAUCUGUCCUUCCAGUGAGCACUCAGGGCUGAUUUCCUUCAGAAUGGAUUGGUUUGAUCUUGCAGUCCAUGGGCCUCUCAAGAGUCUCCUCCAGCACCAUAAUUCAAAAGCAUCCAUUCUUUGGCGAUCAGCCUUCUUUAUGGUCCAGCUCUCACUUCCAUACAUCACUACUGGGAAAACCAGAGCUUGAACUAUACGUACCUUUGUUGGCAAGGUGAUGUCCCUGCUUUUUAAAAUGCUGUCUAGAGUUUGCAGGGCAGGAGGCCAAAUUGCAAUGCACUUUAGAUCACAAUUGUUAGGGAGUUGACAUCCAAAUGACCUUGGCCUAGAAGGUUGGAGCGCGUUACAAAUGUAGCCGAAGACACCCUGAUUAGGAAAGGAGUCUGUGAAUAGCACAUUGUUGACUUCUUCUCACAGUAAAAACACUGGCUAUGGAUUUUAUCUCCGGAUAGUGGCACCACUCCAACUCACACAGGGUUGGGCUUGAUGAUCCCUGGGGCUCCCUUCCAACUCUACGAUUCUUUGAAAACCUCUAAUGAAGGGGAACAUGUUGGCUUCUGUAGCAACUAGGAACAUUGGCUGUGCUGGCAGAAUUGCAGCUGGAUCUCAGAGCAAUUCCAGGAAACAAUUUUCAGUAUUCACCCUUCCUUUGUUUUCUCUGCUUGCUGCUGAACGUCCAUAACCCUAACGCCUCACAGACACCUUCAUUUAAAACUUAACAGAAGCAUUCCAUGUCUCCAGCGUCUGCCUUCACCGAAAGCACCAGCUUCCCAUAUCCUCUUUGGGAGUCCUAAAGAUAAAGGGGUACCUGACCAUUAGGUCCAGUUGUGGCCAACUCUGAGGUUGCGGCGUUCAUUUCGCUUUAUUGGCUGAGGGAGCCGGUGUACAGCUUCCGGGUCAUGUGGCCAGCAUGACUAAGCCGCUUCUGGCGAACCAGAGCAGCACACGGAAACGCCGUUUACCUUCCCGCUGGACCAGUACCUAUUUAUCUACUUGCACUUUGACAUGCUUUCAGACUGCUAGGUUGGCAGGAGCAGGGACUGAGCAACGGGAGCUCACCCCGUUGCAGGGAUUCGAACCGCCGACCUUCUCUAGGCUCUGUGGUUUAACCCACAGUGUCACCCGCGUCCCUUUCUCAGGGAGUCUUACUCAUGUGUAAAAGGAACACAUGGAGAGGGACAAGCCCACUGAGUUUCACCCUUUGUGAGCUGGAGGGCAAACACUUCUUCAUAUUCCCCAAUUCUCUGUUGUAAAGAGAUGCUCCACACAUAAAGGAGGUUUUGUGCUUCAGUUGUUUGCCCUCCAGCUUGUGAAAGGCAGCAAGGAGGAUGGAGCUUUGCACGCUUUCACAUUGCCUUUACACAUGAGUAGAACACCAGGCUGCUUUGUGUGCAUCAUGCAAGUUCUGCUUGUUGCAAACUGAGUAACCCGCAGUAGGAAGAGUCCGUAAAAAUUGUGAGCUGGUAGCACGCCCCAUGCUAAUGUGCUUCUCUUAUUGGAAAAAAGAAGGCAAGGGGACCUGAGUUACUUGUCCCCUGAUUCUGAACAUCUUGUUUGUGGGCUUCCCAGAAGCACCUGGUUGGGCACAUGUGGCUUGGGUCUGAUCCUGCAGAGUCCUUAUCAUGCCAGAGAGGGAAGGAGGAAUUCCCAGGAGAAGAUCAUGUAAGAACAUAAGAAGAGCCUGCUGGAUCAGGCCCAUCAUCCUGUUCUUCAGUGGCCAACCAGAUGCCCGUCACACUCAAAUCCUGCUUGCCUGUUUCCCAUAAGAGCCCUCUCUCCUCUUGCAGCUUCCAGCAUUGCUGCCUCCUGGUCCUUUACCUGCAGUUCAGACCCUGUAGGCCUGUAUGUGUGUUGCUGGCUGUGUCAGACGAUGGAGUCUGGCUUCUUUUUUUUGAAAACUUUGAAAGGUACAUGUAGGGAUAAUUGCUGGGUCCGGAGGGAGGACACUCCCCACCUGCAGGCAGCCUCAGCCUGCCUGCGCGCAUGACAUUGGGGUGCGGGGCACACACCACCCCCCACAGACAAGCCACAGCUGUCUGAACAUCUUGCCCUCUGUCUGACCUUUUGUGGUCUCAGUAGUCUGCAGUGCCCUGUCUGUAACCUUUGUCUCUGAGACCUUUUGUCUCCUUCGUCAUACACUGUGCAAGGGGAAAAUGACGUGGUGGAAACAGGUGCCAAAAUAGCUUUGUACCACCUCUCAAUCUCGGGACUGGAAGAUGUGUAAAGGUCACAGCCCAAAAUGUAUCUGCCUGGUUUGCAUAUUUGUGUCAAUAAAAGGAGGCUCCACAGGGCUGGCCGGCAGCUUGCUUGCAGCUCACCUGUGCGCAGCUCACCUGCAUUAUGUCCAUCACUUCAGAUACAGGUGUUUGGAAUUUCUUUGGAGGAGGUCAGCUUCUUUUGACACACCUUUCUCCUCCGUUUCAGAUGACAACGAUCUCAAAGCCCAGCAAGAAGAAGCGCCACAGCUGAUGCGGACGCGGAGCGAUGUGGGCAUGCGCCGCAGGGGGACUCUCCGCACCCCGAGUGAGCAGCGGAGGAUCAGGAGGCACCGCUUCUCCAUCAACGGGCAUUUCUACAACCACAAAGUGAGUCUCCCAAGGAGGGUCUCCCUAAGGCGCCGGAGCAUCUUGAUCUAGGGAUGGAGUCAGGUGCAGAAUGUAGUUCUCGGUGCCUCCCAGUGAAUUGUUAAGGCAGGCAUCUUUUGUUUAGUUUUAUAUGGAAGCUAGCCUCUAUUAUUUGCUUUAUCAUGUAUUUGUGGCAUUAUGUUCCAAGGAGUUCAAGGGAGAAUAUGUGGUUCUCCCCCCACCUUACCAUAUUUCUCACUCCAUAAGACGCACCUGACCAUAAGACACGCCUAGUUUUUAAAGGAGGAAAAGAAGAAGAAAAAUAUUCUGAACAAAACAGUGGAUGUAUGAUUUUUGUGGUUCAUGCUGUGGCCACAGACAUGUGAUCUGACUGUGCAGUUUGGGUAGCCAAUGCAAAAUCCUGAGAAUCCAUGUGGAUCCGUGCUUGUAGCGUGUUUUGCAGCAUUGCGGACCCACGCAACAGUGGGUGCAUGAUUUCUGGUGCAGGCUGUAGCCAUGGACAUGCUAUGUGAUAUGAUGGUGAAUCUGGGGUGACCCAAUGUAAAAUCCUGAGGCUCCAUGUGGCUUUACCUCCAUCCCAGGCAGCCUCCACUAGCAUCCCUAUCUCUUCCGAUCCAUACCGAUCAGCUGCUUCCUUCAGCACCCCUUCCUCUUUCAAAAAAAAAAAAGCAUGAUCUGCUGUAUCACCCUGGGCUAUUUGCUCAGGAUCACACAUUCACUCCAUAAGACGUACAGACAUUUCCCCUUACUUUUUAGGAAGAAAAAAGUGUAUCUUAUGGAGCAAAAAAUACGGUCAUCCCCACAACAACCUUGUGAGGUAGGUUAGGCUGAGAGGCAAUGACUGGCCCAAGGUCACACAGUGAGCUUCGGACCAAGUGGGGGUUCGAAUUCUGAUCUCUCCCAGGUCCUAGUCUGACGAUCUAAACCUCCACCACAUUCUGGCUUUCACUUAGCAGAGUUUGGUGCCCAUGUACCAUACUUUUCCGUAUAUAAGACGAGGUUUCUUUUCUGCUAAAACAAUGUCCAGAAUUGGUGCUCGUCUUAUACAUGGUCAGCGCAUUGUUGGGAUGGGGGAUUGGUUGCUGGCGCAAGCAGGAGCUUGUCAGGGGUGAUUUGGCGUGACUGGUGGCCAUGGCAAGGGCUGCUGCCCAUAGACUGCUACUGUGGUAAUUGGGCGUGUGAUUGGGGUGGCUGCUGUCAGCGAGCGGGCAGACAAUAGGUUGGUUCGGCGACGUGCGCGAUAGCCACCGUUGGUCUGGCGGGUGAGUGAAUUUUGGCCCCCAAAAUCUCAUCUACUCUGGGCAAUCCCCCCCCCCAAUCUCAACAGCUCUGGAAAAUCUCCCCCCAUUUUCUUAAAUAUACACAGGGGCGUGUUAUACACGGAAAAAUACAAUGUGUAUAAAACUACACAAUGCUGGCAAUGUGAGAAUUCAAAAGCUCCAUAAUAUUUGCUCUGGAAUGUAUGACCAUUUCCCAGUUAAUUUUUGAAGUUCUUUAAAUAUAUAUAUAUAUAAAAUUUUAUUAAAUGUUACCAAAAGAAAAAGAAAAAAAGAAAUAGAAACAAUACAUAACCAUACAUUAAAACAUUUAUCUACACAAUUUUCCAGAAUGCAGACUAGAAAAGAAGAAAGACAAAAGAUAAAAGAAAGAAACAAGAAAAAGAAUGAAGAGAAAAAAUACUCAUCAAUUUUAUAAUAUUUUAACUAGGAUUUAUAUAUCAUAAUGUUUGAAGUAUGAAUUUGGAAUAAUUGAUUAUAAUUUUUGAAGUUCUUUGAUGCCUGUAGUCAAUCCUCUUGCCAGCAAUUGUUCUUUUCCUUCCAUCAUCUCCCCCAACUCCUCUUUCUCGAUUCGAUUUUGAUUUAAUCUUUGCAUUCUGCUUUUCCAGGAACAAAUGUUGAGCUCUGAGCGGUUCACAAGAAUCACGGCAGCAUUAAACAUCAAGAAACACUAGCAAUCCCUAUAAUAUCAAGUGCAGUAGCCUUUUAAUAAAGCAAACGACUGCAAGAAAUUAAUCAAAACAAGGAGCUCAAUAAGGUCUUCCAUAGUUUCUAAUCUGGCAUGGCGUUAGCUCCCCCAAUACCUGGCUCACACCUUCCUCUGUGCUCCUGUGGGCCUCCAGGGUUUCCGCUUGUCUAGAUCACCCUGUCCUCCAGCCUUCUGAUGGCUUUCUGCUCCUCUCCGCAGACAUCGGUUUUCACACCCGCCUACGGCUCCAUCACGAAUGUCCGCAUCAACAGCACCAUGACGACGCCUCAAGUGCUCAAGCUUCUGCUGAACAAGUUCAAGGCAAGUUUUGCUGCAACGUUUUGUACUGGCCCAAGUCUGAGCUGGGAAAGUCUCCCAGUGGUAUCCUCUCCUCCUGGGCCCCUGUCCAACUCUGGUCCAUUUCUGUGGGGCUUGCGGAGGAGGGUGGCUGUCCCCAGCCUUGCCCAGCCUCAUCUAUUUUGGACUACAACUCCCAUGUGACUCAGCUUCAUACGGCAGUGCUGGUUGGGACUGAUGGGAGUUGUAUUCCAAAAUGGUCGUGCUGCCUGACGCUGAUGGGAGUCGUACCAUGGAGAGCCCCCAAGUUGGUAAAGGCAUCUGUAGGUUGUAUAUCUGUGUCUACUUCUCGUGAUGGCACCAAUGAGCUGCCUGCUGUCACAGCUGCCUAUUCUUGGACUGGACAAACACAAACCCCUGUGCUGCAAAAUGUAACCAUCUACAAAAAUGCAAACGCAACACACUGGCUAAUAACUGUUAGUAAAUAUAUAAUCAGUUAUAUAAUCGGUCAUUCAAAAUAUAUGAAUAAGCCACUUCAAAAUGAUGUAUAUAUCAUACAACACAUCUCACAAAAUAUACAAGUAACUGCAAGUUGUUAUAUGUAUCAGGGUCAAACACAAAUGUAUUUGUGUUGCAAGCAUCAGCAGCUACACUAUCCAGUGGGCACUGAUCCACCAGCACGAUCCCCAUUAGUAUGAAUAUUUCAUUGAUAAUUAUUUGGUAUGUACCUCUUUAUAUAGGGACGUGGGUGGCGCUGUGGGUUAAACCACAGAGCCUAGGACUUGCCGAUAAGAAGGUCGGCGGUUCGAAUCCCCGCGACAGGGUGAGCUCCCGUUCCUCAGUCCCUGCUCCUGCCAACCUAGCAGUUCGAAAGCACGUCAAAGUGCAAGUAGAUAAAUAGGUACCGCUCCAGCGGGAAGGUAAACGGCAUUUCCAUGCGCUGCUCUGGUUCGCCAGAUGCGGCUUAGUCAUGCUGGCCACAUGAGCUGGAAGUUGUACACCGGCUUCCUUGGCCAAUAAAGCGAGAUGAGCGCCACAACCCCAGAGUCGUCCACAACUGGACCUAACGGUCAGAGGUCCCUUUACCUUUACCUUUACCUCUUUAUAUAUUUUGUUCUAUUGUAUAACUUACAUGCAGGUUGCUCAGUUUUGUUGUCAUUCAUUGCCUGCAAUGUCUUAUGUCCCAUUUCCAGCUGAUGAAGACUUUAUUCCAAAACAGUUGAACUAUUCCAGAUAUAAUACAUAUAACAACUUGUAGUUACUUGUAUAUUUUGUGAGAUGUGUUGUAUGAUAUAGACGUCAUUUUGAAGUGGCUUAUUCGUAUAUUUUGAAUGACAUUGUACAGUGGUACCUCGGGUUAAGAACUUAAUUCGUUCCGGAGGUCCGUUCUUAACCUGAAACUAUUCUUAACCUGAGGUAUCACUUUAGCUAAUGGGGUCUCCCGCUGCCGCCGCACAAUUUCUCUUCUCAUCCUGAAGCAAAGUUCUUAACCCAAGGUAAUAUUUCUGGGUUAGCGGAGUCUGUAACCUGAAGCAUCUGUAACCCGAGGUACCACUGUAUAUUCACUAAAAGCUAUUAGCCAGUGUGUUGUGUUUGCAUUUUCAUACUCUUGAACUGGGUCUGGAGGCUGAUAGGCUUCACUGGGGGUGGAAUAAAAUAACAUGAACAGCCCCAAAGGGCAGCCUCAGGCCAUAGAGUCUGGCUGCUGCAUGUUGACUUAGCAGGCACCCUCAGGCCCACCAAGCCUGAAACAGGAAGAAGUGGUUAGACCAGCAGAGGUUGCUGGACUCCAACUCUAGGGCUGACAGGAGCUGGAGUCCAGCAACAUCAGCCUGGGCAUCAUCUUGCCUUAUAGAAUCAUAGAAUUUUAGAGGUGGAAGGGACUCCCAACCCGCUGCAAUGCAGGAAUCACAGCUAAAGAAUCGCUGGCAGAUGGCCAUCCAAUCUCCCAUGAAGGAGAGUCCACCAUCUUCUGAGAUAGUCCAUUCCACUGUUGAACAUCUCAUACCGUCAGAAAAUUCUUCCUGAUGUUUAAUUGGAAUCUCCUUUCUUGUUGUUUGAAUCCAUUGGUUUGGGUCCUCCCUUUCGGAGCAGCAGAAAACAAGCUGUCUCUGCUAUGACAGCCCUUCAUGUAUUUGAAUAUGGCCAUGAUAUCUCCUCAGUCUUCCAUUUACCAGGCUAAACAUUCCCAGCUUAGGGCUGUCUUAAGCAUAUGCAGCGCCGGGGUGCAAAGAUCCGUCCAGCGUGCCCUCCCCCCAGGUGUGCAGAAAGGUGGAGCUGGCUGGCUCGGUCGCCCCCAAACUUGAGGCGCAUAGCUGCCAGCAGCAGAAGAGCCCACUGCGGCGCUCUGACCAACGGGUGGGCUCUUCGCCAGACUCAAUUCUCGGGCCUUGGACUCUUGGCCUGGCACUCCUGAGAGCCCGGCGACCGGGUGCCCUACACCCCUAGCACCUAUGGGUAAGACGGCCCUGGCCCACCCCCAUCCACCGUUCCUGAUAAGGCUUGGUUUCCAGACCCUUGGUUUCCAGAUCUUGGUCAACCUGAAAACCUUGUUCUGUGUAUGUGUGUGUGUGUGUGAGUGAGUGAGAGAGUGUUUUAUCUUUUCUGUGUUUUCUUUUCUCUGUGUUCAGAUUGAGAACUCAGCAGAGGAAUUCGCCUUGUACAUUGUUCACACCAGUGGAGGUGAGCAGGCUGUUAUUGUGCGCUGGUUUCUUUUAAAAAAAUAAUAAUUUUUAUUUGAUUUUACAAGCAUAAAGUUAUAGCAGUACCAAUUACAUAUCCAUAUUUAGAGAUGUUUCUGAAUCUCCAGACUUCCCACCAUCCCCUCCAUGGAUCUUACUGUCAACAUUUUCAACUGCAUGUUAUUUCAUAAUCCAUAUUUUGUAUCUCUCCAUAUUGUCCAUAGUGUCUUGUAUGCUGGUUGCAAUAGGGCUGUGGUUCAGCUAAGCAGUUAUGGAUUUAAGCUAUGGGUCACCAGCCUAACUGUGAUGCCACGGUGCAUGGGGGGCAGGAAGGGGAAUGAGUUAAGCCCACCCCAGCUGUUAACUUCGCCUGCCUCAAGCCCCCCCCCCCCCAUUUGUGCAUUUAAAACAUGUUUUAAAAUAGAUUUUAAAAAAAUAUUUAUUUGUAUACCACUAUAUCAUAAAAUAAGGGACGCUGUGGGUUAAACCACAGAGCCUAGGGCUUGCCGAUCAGAAGGUCGGCGGUUCGAAUCCCCGUGACGGGGUGAGCUCCCGUUGCUUGGUCCCUGCUCCUGCCAACCUAGCAGUCUGAAAGCACGUCAAAGUGCAAGUAGAUAAAUAGGUACCGCUCCGGCGGGAAGGUAAACAGUGUUUAUGUGCGCUGCUCUGGUUUGCCAGAAGCGGCUUAGUCAUGCUGGCCACAUGACCCGGAAGCUGUACGCCGGCUCCCUUGGCCAAUAAAGCGAGAUGAGUGCCGCAACCCCAGAGUCGGCCACAACUGGACCUAACGGUCAGGGGUCCCUUUACUCUUUACCUAUAUCAUAAAAUACCAAAGCGGUUUACAACAACAACCUAAAAGCAUACAAUAAAACCAUUAAAAUAUUUUAAAAGUUAAAAACAGGCAUCAAUUAACCAUUGUGGAAUGAUGUAUUCUUACUUGCCUGCAUAGGCCUGGUGGAAUAGACAUUUAAAGUUGGCACAGAAGGUGCCUGCUGAAUCUGCAGUGGCAGGGCGUUCCACAGGACUGGGCCAAUGACACUAAAGGCUCAGUUUCUCGUUGUUGCUAAACGAGCCUCACCAACUCAGGAAACGGCCAAUGACGCUCCUGCAGAUGGAUGAUAAAAAUAAUUUAAAACGGUGUGAAGUAGCUGGUGGGAAAACGUUUUCACAGGUAGCCUUGAGAGCUGCAAUACUUGCCCACCGAUUUGUACACUUUGGCCACAACCUCUCUUGACAUAAGGCCCCAAGAGGGAUGGGCUAUGGGUCAAUGUGGCCCUUGGGUUGCAAAACGGCCCUCACGCCAUGCUUGGAUGCGUCUCAGAAAGUUCUUGCUUGGUUGAGCUUGCCGCUGCUGCUGUUCCCCCCUCCUCUGUGUCUGGGACAACAGGGUGGAUUUAGGGGUCCCUGCAUUGUCUUCAGUGCCUUAUCCACACUCCCUGUUUCAUGCAGAAAAGCAGAAGUUAAAGGUGACAGAUUACCCACUGAUCGCUCGGAUUCUGCAGGGACCCUGUGAACAAGUUUCCAAGGUGUUCUUGAUGGAAAAGGACCAGGUGGAAGAAGUCACUUAUGAUGUGAGUUGCUGCUUUGCGGUGCAAUCCUAUUUCAGUUCGGAGACAGGCAGGUGAAAUGAUCGAGGGGUUGGUGGAGCAGCUUCCCUGUGGGGCAGCGUUUGAGGCUGGGGGAAAACUGAGGAAGAGGUGACCUGGUAGAAGCUGACAGGUUUUUCUCCCUCUCAUGCUAGAACUCCCAGGCUAAUCCUUUCAAAAGUAUGUUCUGACAAGGAUUACAAACUCAAAUAGAGAUUACAAACUCAAAUUCUGUAAUGAAUUAUUAUGUUAUACAUAUCCUUAUGAGUUUGAGUUUGUAAUCUCUGUUUGAGUUCCCUAAACAGGGCUGCCUUCAGAUGUCUUCUAAAAGUCUGGUUGUUGUCACAGUGAGGGAACUGCCAGAAGGCCCUUGGCACUGGACCUCAGUGUCCAGGCGGAACGAUGGGGGUGGAGUAUAUGUCCUUCACAUAUACUGGACCGAGGCCAUUGAGAGCUUUAAAGGUCAGCACAAACACUUUGAAUUUUGCUCGGAAACAUACUGGGAGCCAAUGUAGGUCUUUCAAGACCGGUGUUAUAUGGUCUUGGUGGCUGCUCCCAGUCAGCAGUCUAGCUGCCGCAUUCUGGAUUAGUUGUAGUUUCUGGGUCACCUUCAAAGGUAGCCCCACAUAGAGCGCAUUGAAGGAGUCCAAGCGGGAGAUAACCAGAGCAUGCACCACUCUGGCGAGACAGUCCGCGGGCAGAUUGGGUCUCAGCCUGCAUACCAGAUGGAGCUGGUAGACAGCUGCCCUGGACAAAAGAAUUGACCUGCGUCUCCAUGGACAGCUGCGAGUUCAAAAUGACUGGUCCUUCAGGGGCACAGUUACCCCAUUCAGGAGCAGGGAGUCCUCCACACCUGCCCGCCUCCUGUUCCCCCAAAACAGUACUUCUGUCUUGUCAGGAUUCAACCUGACAAGAAGUGUAGAAGUUUGUUGCAAGCGGAUAGAAAGUGAUUCUUUUAAUAGGAACAAGGAAAAGGGUUAACUUCCCCUCCUCACGGAUCUCAGUCCUGAUCCUGAUUCUCCUCCCGCCCUGGUGUUAAACAGGAGAACCGUUGACUGCCGUUUGUCCUUAAGAAAUGCACACAAUUAAAGUAGGAAGUUUCUGGGCUUCACCCAAAGCACUCCUGUUCCCCUUUGCACCAGAAGAGGGUGCUGAGGUCUGUGCAUACACAGUCGUGGGUAGCUGAGUGGGGCCGGUCCCAACCUCAAGGCAGGAGAUGUGUGUUUCUCAAGCUCUUCUCUGUGCCUGCCUCGCAGGGGUGGCGUGUUCCAUCACCUUUCUGUUUUCUUUUUGCCUCCCUCCCCCUUCCUGGGCAGGUUGCUCAAUAUAUCAAGUUUGAAAUGCCCGUCCUGAAAAGCUUCAUUCAGAAACUCAAAGAGGAAGAAGAUCGUGAAGUCAAGAAACUAAAACACAAGUAAGCUCUUCCUUCCCUGGAAUCCAGUCCUCAAAGCACAGUUCUUUCUGAAUAUAUUUUGAAGGGCCCAAUCUGGGGAUGUUACCGUGGGAAUUGCUUGAAAUGAUGCUUAAGAUGCAGAGCAGCCUUGGCCAACCUGGUGCCCUCCAACCAAGUUGGAAUACAACUCCUAUCAGCCCCAGAAUCUCCACCCAGCUGCGCUGUUGCAGCCCGCCGCUAAAGAGUUUUCUUUAUUAUUUUUAUUAUUACAUUUAUAUCCCACAUUUCCUCCAAGGAGCUCAAGGCUGCACUUCUCCCUCCUUCUUCAUGUUAUUCUCGCAACAUCCCUGCAAGGUAGGUUAGGCUGAGAGGCAGUGACCAAGGGGGGAUUCGAACCCUGAUCUCCCAGGUCCUAGUCCAGCACUCUAACCGAUACACCACACUGACGCCCCAGUGGAGAAGGCUGCUCUCUCCUCACCACAAAGGUCUGGGGUGCACACCCUUUUCCUUUUAAGCUGUAAGACACUGCUUAUUUUUCAGGUAUUCUGUCCUGCGUGUAAUGAUUGAGCAACGAUUAGAAGAGAUCUCCGAAGGCCCGGCCACAAUGUGAAGCCUUUGCCCUUGGGUGGACUUUGCUGCCUCUGCCGGGGGCCCAGAAGAGCCACGUCUUGGAGAAGAUUUGUUUGCUUGUGCUGCGACGAGCAAAGGCGGCUCUUCCUUUCUGGAGCAAAACUUGAACACAGAACCCACCUUGACCAACUGUCUUUUCUUUCCUCCAAGCUUUCCUGGAGGUGAACUCAGCGGAGACUCUCUCUUUAGCGGCGGGAGACCUUUUGAGCGCUGCUUGCUGGGGACAAAGAAGGCAGCCACCAAAGCCUUUGCCUCUUGGCCAGCCUGGACCCAGUGGACCUUCUUGCCUCUCCAGCCGGGCGAUUUUGAGGUUCUGUUGGGGGCAUCCUCUUUGCAUGCCACCAAAACGCCGCUUUAACCUUCCAAGCAAAUUCUGGCUUUGCGGUGGCAAGUCAGGGCCAGAGGAGGAAGUCUCCUCCCUUUUUUCUCUUUUGAUCAUUUCUGAGCUCUAAGUAAAAUAUUCAGAUUUCCUCUUCCCCCGUUGGGAGGGCCUAGUCUUAGUCCUACCUGCCCUUUCUCAUCCACCCAGCCGCCCAUUUCUGUGGCCUCUCCCUCUUGCUCUCCCCCAUGUUUUUAAGCUGGGCUCUCACAGACCUACAGGAUUCAGGCGCAACCUCCUCUGUGCACACCCUGUUGGAUUGCAGCCUAGGCUGCUCCUUUCUCCCUGCUGCUCAGGCAGCAAAGUCGCCCGUGGCAGCUUGGUCUGGCUAAAGCCCCUUCCAGGAGUCCCUCUUCUUCCUGGUUCCAUGGGGCCUUUGAGAUGGGGAGAGGAGGCCAGGUUUUCAUCUUGGCCCAGGUAAGGAGUGCCCAAAACUGGCUUGGGUUUGCCUGUGGCUGAGGAAGUCAACGCACAGAUACCUUCCCUGUACAGUGCCAAGGUGGGGGCAGCUGGGCUCGGGCCCCUAAGAUGCCCUGAAGGGGCCACUGUAGACCCAGGCAGCACCACUUUUCGGAGACUCUUUGGCUCAGCUGUUUGAAUGGGCUGGUGGCCCAUCUAUGCAGGCCAACAGAGCAAAUUCCCUUUGAUAAACCAUUUUUUUUAAAGGAUGGCUGUUAACCCUGUGUUGGCCUUUGCAAUGGUGCAAAGUUCCAUCAGCUUUAAAAAUGCCCAGCUUACUCUCCCAUCCAAUCAUAAAUAGACCCAAGAGCGAGUCGUGUGGGGCCUUGCUGCAGAUCUUGGCCCUCCUACGUAAAUCCUAAAUGCCUUUGUUCUCCUUCCCCUCCACCCCUUGCAACUGUAGACAUGCCAUUUUCAAGAACCUCUCCCAGUUCUACAGAUAUGGAGGCCAAGUGCCCAGGAGGUUUUGCAGGAGAAGCUCUUGGGCUUUAAAUGGACAUCGGACGUUUCCCACCUCCCUUUGAUGUGGGUUUAAAAUGGCUGGGAAAUAAUCCCUUUGCAUAAGGCGUAUGGCAAAAAUCACCUGUGGGGGGAGCAGUUUGAAGCAAAGAAGGGGGAAGGGUGUUUAACCCUCUCCCUGCCAACUGCAUUCUGCCUCUAGUUUUCAUCCCUGAGCUGGUUUUCCUCCUGUUGGGUUCCAGGCACGGUCUUAGUUGCUCCUGGAACCCCUCUGAAGGCAGGUCUUAGUUGAAGUGGGUCAGGAAAGGGUUAAGCAUCCUGUUCGCCCUCCCCCCCCUUACUAAUGCAUUCCAAAAUGAUCUCCUCCCUCCUUGAGCUGCUUUGCACUAACGUAAGUGGCCAGCAGGUAUUAACAUGUAUUUAUGUGUAAUAUGUAGUCCUGCCCUUAGUGGCAUCAGUGGAGCUUUUUUGAGAAAAGAAAUAAUAAUUCAGAAGUUUUCCUACUUAGCCCCUGCAUACCACCCCCAAAAAAGGAUUCUUUUCUAGUGUGUUGUUGCUUGUUGGGGCUGAAAUCCUGAGCAUAUUUAACACUCCCUGAGGAAGCCCCACCAAAAUUUCGUGGAACUUCCUCCUGAGUAAACCCACUUUGUAUGUCUCCCCUCUUUCUCGCUAGCUAACCCUUUAACAACUUUUCACUUCUAAAUUGCACUAGAUGGAUUGUGGAUAUUUUUUUAAGCUCCAGCCUUUUCUGUUAUUCUUUUAUUAUUAUCUAUAUGCCAAAUAUUACAUGCACAGGAAAAUAACAGCAAUAAUUUAUAUAAAUAAUAAUAAUAAUAUUUUUUGGGGGGGGGGGGAAGGAUUCUGAAAUGAACCAGCACAUGAAAGCAGCCUACUUAUGAUGCGCUUGGAAACAAGCUCUGAAGAGCACAAACAGAUUUGCAACGAUGAUUGUAGCCUGUGGGCUGGAUCCACGUUUAACUGUACUUGGAGAGUCCCACUGAAAUCGAUGGUACAGUACUUCAUUGGGUCGACUCUUAAGUAGGUCUAGGUCUGUGUCCAGCCCUGUACACCAGUGGUUCCCCCACUUUUGGGGGGGCCACCUCUCCCUUGGUUCCAUAAACUCAACCCCAAUGACCCCUCCCCUGUAAAAAGGAUUGUCCAGAAUAGCAGUUUGUGCCACCUGCUAAAGAAGAUAACUCAAAACGGUAAAAAUUGCACAUUUACCCAUAACCCAGUUAAAAGUAUUUAGUUUAAUUGAUUCAUCAGAAUUGAUGAACUUGAUCCAGUGAUACUAGCAGUGGUAAAAAUAAUAAAAUAAUUAUUAUCAGCCAUUUACACCUCUAGACACCUCCUUGCCUCUUAGCAUCUCUCCCCCCCCCCCACUAGUAACCCCACUGGGGGGUGGAACCAACCACUUUGGGAACAACUGCUGUACACUCUUUAGUCCAAAUGUACAUUUCAUUCCAUUCUUGUUCAUGGUUUCAGUCUCUGGCGGAAACUAAAGGGUGGGUCACCUUUUUAAAAAGGGCAAGUCUGUUUUUUGGGAGGGUUAUUUUAAGAACUCUUGGGAUCUAAGCAAGAGCAUCUCAGGAUUGCAAAAGCUGACUUGCAUUGCUCUGGCUAAGGGUUCGGUCUCUCACAAACAGGGAUGUGCAUCUCUUGACGGUGGGCGACUGAAAGUGUGAAACUGGCUUGUGUCGUGCGUGAGGUCAUGCGAAAUCUGCAGAGGGUCACGCCCACGCAAGAAUUUGCAACUAACCAGUGGUAAAAAGUGCAUGUCUGAGCCAGGACCUAGUGCCUGAAGUAGACACACCUUCGCAGGCUUAUGGAAGCUGUACCUGAGCAAUGGGCCAGCGUAGAGUUGCCAACCAUCUUGUGCUUUAAGGGCGAUCCUGAAGGAAUUGCACCACAGGGGGUUGGACUAAAUGACCCUCUAGGUCCCAAUCCAUGAAUAUUAAACUUCGUAACGUAAACAAAGCCCAACAAAGUGCCCUUGUUUUGGCACAGGGUUGGCUGAUGGGUGACACACCUCCGAUUGCAACUGGAGUUACCUGUGUGAGAUUUAGCAAUAAUAGAAAUGUACUCUUGACAGGAAGGACAGCAUAACGUAGUCUCUGAAAGCUGUGAACUGAGAGGGCCCCAGUUCAAGUCUUACCUCUACUGUGAAUUCAUUAGGUGCUCAUACACAAACCCCUUUCUCUGCCUCGAUGCCCCUUUUGUAGAAUGGAAGGGAGAGAAUACAGGUCUAUUUUUCAGAGCUGUUGUAAGGAUCGCAGAGGUUAUGUAUGUGGUGCGCUUUGACAUCUUAGAAUGCAGAUAUAAAUGCUACGUUUUUGGCUAAAAAGUGGAUGAACUGCUGUUUGUUUUACAUGUGUUCUUUACAACUUCCUGACAGUAGGAGCUGUUCGACAGAGGGACAAACCCCCUCAGCAGAUGGUAGAGGUUUUUAAGCAGAGGUUGGAUGGCCAUCGGUCAGGGACUCUUGAGCUAUGGUUCCUGCUUUGCAGGGAGUUGGACUAGAGGACCCCUUUCCGUCCCUUACAGCUCUACAAUUCUGAGAUUCUGUGUACUAAUCAGGCCUGUGAUUGGCCUAUGUCUGGUUCUUUUCCGGGGUCUUAUUGCACAGAUUUCUCUACUGUGUCCAAUAAUCUAUGCCAGAGGAUUUCAACCUUUUUGGGUCCAUGGCUCCCUUGACCAACUGCAGAGGGCCGUCUUACCCAUAGGCUCUAAGGGGUGCGAGGCACCCGGGCGCCAGGCUCUCAGGGGCGCUAGGCCAAGAGUCCAGGGCCCGAGAGUUGAGUACGGGAAAGAGCCCGCCUGUCGGUUGGAGCACUGUGGCAGGCUCUUCUGCUGCGGGCGGCUCUGCGCCGUGAGUUGGGAGGUGACCGACCCAGCGAGACACUGAGGCAGCCAGCCAACUCCGCCCUCCUGCGCACCUGGGACUGGGUAACUGGGGGCAGGGGCGCUGGGCAGAUCUUUGAUCCUGGUGCCGCUUAAGACAGCCCUGCAACUGCAUUCUUUCUGUGGCACCCCUGUGGGGCUCAGGAGCCCAGUUGUGUCACCCCCUUGCCUGCAGAGCUGGCAGCCCCUCACCCUUUUUCAAGCACCCCCUCUUGUGGAGUGUUCCCUCAGCCUCCUCCCCUCUCCUUGGGAGUCCUCCAGGCAGCCGCUGCUGCUUCCUAUGGUCUCUUGAGUUGCCCCCCCCCCGCCCCAAAGAGAGGUGCCUCCUCCCACUGCCCCACAGGGGCCGGGGAAGCACCCCCUGGCCAGCCCCAGAGGCAGCAUUCUCCUGGAAAGCUUGUAGCCAGGGCUGCUGCAGCAAACAGCUGUGCAAGCCUUUGGGAGGCAGAGAUGCGAGAGGGCAUCAAAGGAGGGAGGGAAGGAAAGAGGGACAGAGGGCAGUGUUGCCCAUGGCACCCCUGACCAUCAUUCAAGGCGCCCCAGGGCAGCAAGGCACACUGGUUGAAAACCACUGCUCUUUGCAUCCAUACCCAGCCUCCUGAAGAGGGGAGAGUUUUGUCGCAAGGCGCUGCUUACGACCAUCCUCCCUCUGCUCCAAGGAGCCCAUACGGCUGGCUCUUAUUUUGGAGGUGGGCAGGAGAUGUCUUUUGAUGCUUCCAGCCCUUGCCUUCCUAGGGGCCAGCAGGCCUUGGGGGAUGAAAGUCCUCGUUGCGGUUUCUAUGCCAGAGCACAGAAAACUGUUCAGAGAAUUUUCAUAGCGUUGGAAGGUUAACCCCGGAAGCCAUUUAGUCGAUGAGGGCCGCCCACUGCCACCAUCCAAGGCAGCCUUGCCUCAUCAGGAAAGUCUUCCUAAUGCAUAGUUGAAAUUAUUGUAGGUUGAACCCAUUGACUUGAGUACUGCUCUCUGGAGGAAAUAAAUUUUGCUCCAUCAUCUAUGUGAUAAGCCUCCCAAAUAUUUGAAGAUAGCUGUCGUGUCACCUUAAUAAUCUCUUACCCAGCCCAAAAUGUCUCCUAGUGCGGCUUUUGCAAAUGAAAUCAUUGGCUAGGAAGAAAAGUCCCUCUCCCCACUACCAGACAAAAAAAAAGUUGUGCCAAAAAAUUGCUCCUAGGGCCUAGUUCAGAUCCGAAGUAGAACCCAGUGGCAGUGCUUUUCCUGGAAUGUACCAUUUCAGGCUGGAGGGGAGUUGCGUCUUUGAAUGAGGAACACACAUGGACCAAUAGCACACUGGGCAAAUGAGUAGGUGGCCUUCUGGCAUGCUACAUGUGUUGUGAGUUUACCAGGUGGAGGAGGAUGACUAAGAUUUGCAAUGGCCACACACACCCUUGAAACUGAAUUGGUCCUGUCCAGAAACGCUUUACCACUCUACACUUCGGAACAUGCAAGUUGGCUUUAAGCUGUUCUUAAAGCUUUCCCCCCUUAGAUCUGUGUUUACAUCGCGGCUGACUUAAGCUGUGGCCCUCCGAUGCAGGCUCGACUCCGAAUCCCAUCAUCCCUGGCUGUUGGCCAUGCUGGCUGGAGCUGAUGGGACCAGGAGCUGAUGGGACCAGGAGUCCAACAGCUCCUGGAGGGCUGCUGCAAGUUCUCCACUCUUAAUCCACGGGGUUUCACCUGCUUCAGACAAUAUAUUUGUUGCUUGGUAAGAAUAAAUUGCAGUUUCCAUUCUGAACAGAAUUGGUACCCAUUUGUUCUAUCAGUGCUGUGUGCUACAUUUCUGGAGAAUCUGCUCUGCAGGGGUCCUUUUCUGGAAAAGCUUCUGUUGGGAGGCUUCCAUCAGGCGAAAAGGGAAGUAUCCUGAGGCUUUGAGCUUGCAGGGCACAAAGUUAAUAAGCAUCCAGGGAUGCGUGAGUGUAUGGAUGCAUGUGCGUGGAAUUUCCCCCACAACCCCUAGUGAGAAAGCAGCUGUUUUUGCUGAGCUGAGCUAGCAAUAUCUUGAUCUGUCAUUCACAUGCAAUAAUACUUGGUAUCCCAAGUCUUCCAUCAUCAGCAGCGCUAUCUUCAGAAUUUAUGUUUAGCUGGAUUAAAAAAAACACACCUUUUUUUAUCCAUGGAUCUCUCAAAGGCUUGUGCUGUGGGGGGAGAGGUUUGGACCAUGGAUUUCAUAAAACCACCUUGUGAAUACCACUUUAUAUAGUAUGAAGCACAUGCAACUAGAUUAUUUUGUUUUAAUUAAAGCACUUUGUCAAUAGAAAUGCAACAGUGGUCCUCUGGUUUUAUUCAAUUGUUGUGGGAAGAAAUUGGGGAGAAUGAAAUGAGGGCACAGUUUGGAUCUGAGAUCCCCACAGCUCUGGAAGGUUUGGGGUUAUGUGAGGACAAAGUUGAAGGCGGGAUAGGGACCGACUCCCUGAAACUCUACAGUGUUCUUCUCAAUAAACUUUUCCUUGUUUAAGAUAUGCCUCUUUGC